AUGAAGGACGUACUGUUGACCUUCAACAUCGGAAAGGUCAGGAAGUGGCUGUGGGGGAUGGGGUUGAGGCAGUAGACAGACGGGGUGUGUGGAGAAGACCUGGGUCAUAAUGUCCAUUACUACUCAAGGUGCUUCUGAUGUAGCUUGUCCGUAUAAUGGAAGCAAUGGAGUAGUACAAAAAGUGCAAGCUCCACCCGCCCUGCAUGCUGGUCAAGCUAAAUGAAUCACAGCUCAAUUAUUUGCCAUCCCGUAGGCUAUGUAUUUAACCCAGGUCUGGUCUGGUUCAGCUAACUUCUGAAGAGCAUUGCUUCUAACUCAGCUCUGCUACGCUUUACAAUAUGCUAUCAGGCUAACGGCUACCAAACUACUGUACGCUAACGGCCAACAUUUACAGCCUACUACCCCACUAGACUGUCCCUCCCUGUCACAGACUCUAACAUUAGGACAUUUAGGUUAUAUCAUGUCACUCCUAAACUACUCCAAGACUGUCCGUCACCAUUGUAAUAAUAAGAAUGAUAUCUAUGGUAGACGGAGAGUACGAUAAGAGCGUCUGCUAAAUGAAGUAGGUUCAUGCUCUACAACAUUCAGAGAGUACGACCCUGCCUUACUCUGGAUAAGAGCGUCUGCUAAAUGACGUAGGUUCAUGCUCUACAACAUUCGGAGAGUACGACCCUGCCUUACACAGGAAGCGGCACAGGUCCUAAUCCAGGCACUUGUCAUCUCCCGUCUGGAUUACUGCAACUCGCUGUUGGCUGGGCUCCCUGCCUGUGCCAUUAAACCCCUACAACUCAUCCAGAAUGCCGCAGCCCGUCUGGUGUUCAACCUUCCCAAGUUCUCUCACGUCACCCCGCUCCUCCGCACACUCCACUGGCUUCCAGUUGAAGCUCGCAUCUGCUACAAGACCAUGGUGCUUGCCUACGGAGCUGUGAAGGGAACGGCACCUCCGUACCUUCAGGCUCUGAUCAGUCCCUACACCCAAAUGAGGGCAUUGCGUUCAUCCACCUCUGGCCUGCUGGCCCCCCUACCUCUGCGGAAGCAAAGUUCCAGCUCAGCCCAGUAAAAAAAAAAAACAUAUUGUAAAGUGGUUAUCCCACUGGCUAUAAGGUGAAUGCACCAAUUUGUAAAUCGCUCUGGAUAAGAGCGUCUACUAAAUGACGUAAAUGUAAAUGUUGUCACUCUCAGUUGACCAGAUGCUUCCAACAAAUAUCUGUUAUUAUGACACUAUCUAAUGUAUAAACCUUAUUGACAGUGAAUAUGUUCACUAUGUGAAUGUAGCAAAUAUCUAUGAUGUAGUCUCAUUUAUGUAUCAAACUCUCUUCAACAUUUAUGCCCAUAUAUCAUAAAUAUAUGGUAGUUCCAUGUGCUAAAUUUAAAUAGUUAAAAUAUAAUCUGCGUUCAGUCCCACUGCAUUGGCGUUAGACGCCAUGUUCUGUUCAAAUGAAGGGAAAAUAACCAUCUGCUAUUAUGGAGGUACAAAUAAAUGUAUUCCAGUCACAUUGAAUGCCUAGUUUCAAAGUACCACAAUGUCCAUUCAGAUGUCAGUGUGUGACAGAGGGGUGGAGCCAGUGCCAUAGCAUGGGUCAGAGAGCUGCACCUCCACCACUACUCUCCUAGAGGGCCCAUAGCAUGGGUCAGAGAGCUGCACCUCCACUACUACUCUCCUAGAGAACCCAUAGCAUGGGUCAGAGAGCUACACCUCGACCACUACUCUCCUAGAGGGCCCAUAGCAUGGGUCAGAGAGCUGCACCUCCACCACUACUCUCCUAGAGGGCCCAUAGCAUGGGUCAGAGAGCUGCACCUCCACCACUACUCUCCUAGAGGGCCCAUAGCAUGGGUCAGAGAGCUGCACCUCCACCACUACUCUCCUAGAGGGCCCAUAGCAUGGGUCAGAGAGCUGCACCUCCACCACUACUCUCCUAGAGGGCCCAUAGCAUGGGUCAGAGAGCUGCACCUCCACCACUACUCUCCUAGAGGGCCCAUAGCAUGGGUCAGAGAGCUGCACCUCCACCACUACUCUCCUAGAGGGCCCAUAGCAUGGGUCAGAGAGCUGCAACUCCACCACUACUCUCCUAGAGGGCCCAUAGCAUGGGUCAGAGGAGAGCUGCACCUCCACCACUACUCUCCUAGAGGGCCCAUAGCAUGGGUCAGAGAGCUGCACCUCCACCACUACUCUCCUAGAGGGCCCAUAGCAUGGGUCAGAGAGCUGCACCUCCACCACUACUCUCCUAGAGGGCCCAUAGCAUGGGUCAGAGGAGAGCUGCACCUCCACCACUACUCUCCUAGAGGGCCCAUAUUAUGGGUCAGAGGAGAGCUGCACCUCCACCACUACUCUCCUAGAGGGCCCAUAGCAUGGGUCAGAGGAGAGCUGCAACUCCACCACUACUCUCCUAGAGGGCCCAUAGCAUGGGUCAGAGAGCUGCACCUCCACCACUACUCUCCUAGAGGGCCCAUAGCAUGGGUCAGAGAGCUGCACCUCCACCACUACUCUCCUAGAGGGCCCAUAGCAUGGGUCAGAGGAGAGCUGCAACUCCACCACUACUCUCCUAGAGGGCCCAUAGCAUGGGUCAGAGAGCUGCACCUCCACCACUACUCUCCUAGAGGGCCCAUAGCAUGGGUCAGGAGGAGCUGCACCUCCACCACUACUCUCCUAGAGGGCCCAUAGCAUGGGUCAGAGAGCUGCACCUCCACCACCACUCUCCUAGAGGGCCCAUAGCAUGGGUCAGAGAGCUGCACCUCCACCACUACUCUCCGAGAGGGCCCAUAGCAUGGGUCAGAGAGCUGCACCUCCACCACUACUCUCCUUGAGGGCGCAUAGCUGCAGCUGCAGCUAUAGGCUGCUACAUUAACCUGCUUAUCUUGUAAUCCGCAGUGGGUUGUGGUUAAAACAGACACUGAAUGUGGGGACCCUGGGGAGAGAAUGGCACCAGCAGCCGUCGUGGAGGCACCACCAAGACACAAAGUCUGGACUGAUACUUUAUCUAAAGCCAUGAGUCACUGUCUGUCCACUUAUCAGCCUGCAGCAUCUUGGCAGGAAAAAAGCGUUGUUUCGGGUCUAGAAGUUUCUCUGUGUGAUCUGUGUCAGCAUAAUUCAGGCCACGUCCCAGAUGGCACCCUAUUCCCUAUGUAGGGCAUUACUUUUGGCCGGAACUAUGAGACUGUAUAGGGAAUAGGGUGUGAUUUGGGACAGAGCCUCAGAUUGCCUUUGUAACUGAUGAGGGCUGGGUAAGUGUCUCUCAAGGUCUCUGACUGUCCUCCUCUCUGACUCUAACCCUGUUCUAGUUGUCCAAAAAGGAUGCAGGUGUGUACGAGGUGAAGCUAAAGGAUGCCAGAGGAAAAGAUAAGAGCAUGUUCAACCUGACUGAAGCAGGUACGGAUACACCUCUCUCACGGCUCUACUGUGUUCUAGAACACUUAUCAUGUAUAUACUGUAUUCUAGAACACCUGUCAUGGCUCUACUGUGUUCUAGAACACUUAUCAUGUAUAUACUGUAUUCUAGAACACCUAUCAUGGCUUUACUGUGUUCUAGAACACCUCUCUCACGGCUCUACUGGGUUCUAGAACACUUAUCAUGUAUAUACUGUGUUCUAGAACACCUCUGUCAUGGCUCUACUGUGUUCUAGAACACCUCUGUCAUGGCUCUACUGUGUUCUAGAACACCUCUGUCAUGGCUCUACUGUGUUCUAGAACACCUCUGUCAUGGCUCUACUGUGUUCUAGAACACCUCUGUCAUGGCUCUACUGUGUUCUAGAACACCUCUGUCAUGGCUCUACUGUUUCUAGAACACCUCUGUCAUGGCUCUACUGUGUUCUAGAACACCUCUGUCAUGGCUCUACUGUGUUCUAGAACACCUCUGUCAUGGCUCUACUGUGUUCUAGAACACCUCUGUCAAGGCUCUACUGUGUUCUAGAACACCUCUGUCAUGGCUCUACUGUGUUCUAGAACACCUAUGUCAUGGCUCUACUGUGUUCUAGAACACCUCUGUCAUGGCUCUACUGUGUUCUAGAACACCUCUGUCAUGGCUCUACUGUGUUCUAGAACACCUCUGUCAUGGCUCUACUGUGUUCUAGAACACCUCUGUCAUGGCUCUACUGUGUUCUAGAACACCUCUGUCAUGGCUCUACUGUGUUCUAGAACACCUCUGUCAUGGUUUCACUGUGUUCUAGAACACCCCUGUCAUGGCUCUACUGUGUUCUAGAACACCUCUGUCAUGGCUCUACUGUGUUCUAGAACACCUCUGUCAUGGCUCUACUGUGUUCUAGAACACCUCUGUCAUGGCUCUACUGUGUUCUAGAACACCUCUGUCAUGGCUCUACUGUGUUCUAGAACACCUCUGUCAUGGUUUCACUGUGUUCUAGAACACCCCUGUCAUGGCUCUACUGUGUUCUAGAACACCUCUGUAUCUCUCUAAGGCCAAACUGUGUCCACUACUGUAACUAUUGUUGACUACUAGUAAUGACUGUAAUCUGUUCCAGGUUACCAAGCUGUGCUGAACGAGCUGUUCAGGGUGAUUGGUGAGUCUCAUCUACAUGUUAACAGAUACACUGCAUGUGGAACAUUGUGUUUUAUAAACCGGCUGGUUCGAGGCCUGAAUGCUCAUUGGCUGAAGGCCGUGGUAUAUCAGACCGGAUACCACGUGUAUGACAAAAAUAAUAUUUGUACUGUUCUAAUUACGUUGGUAACCAGUUUAUACCACAGCCCCCCGUGCGUUAUUGCUUAAGUAUACAAUAUGAUUCUUUAAGGAAUACCUGGAAUAGUAUAACAGUAAUCCUUCUACCCCCCCUCCCCCACCCCCCAUUAGAAGAAAACAAAAAUUGUGGUUGUCCCACUGCCUAUCCUAAGUUGAAUGCACCAAUUUGUAAGUGUCUCUGGAUAAGAGCGUCUGCUAAAUGACUAAAAUGUAAAAUAAUGAUGAUUGAAUAAUGCAGUUUAUUACCCUGUCUACUUGGUCUCCUCCAGCCAAGUCGUCUACGGACAUCAGUGUGCUGAGUACAGAACAUGGUAUCGUCCUCUACUCCUUCAUCACAUAUCACAUGGAGGACCUCCAAGUGGGCUGGCUGCACAAGUAAGACUAUGGACCCAAUGGCUCCCUACCCUAACCCUAACCCUAACCUCCAAGUGGGCUGGCUGCACAAGUAAGACUAUGGACCCAAUGGCUCACUACCCUAACCCUAACCCUAACCUCCAAGUGGGCUGGCUGCACAAGUAAGACUAUGGACCCAAUGGCUCCCUACCCUAAGCCUAACCCUAACCUCCAAGUGGGCUGGCUGCACAAGUAAGACUAUGGACCCAAUGGCUCCCUACCCUAACCCUAACCCUAACCUCCAAGUGGGCUGGCUGCACAAGUAAGACUAUGGACCCAAUGGCUCCCUACCCUAACCCUAACCUCCAAGUGGGCUGGCUGCACAAGUAAGACUAUGGACCCAAUGGCUCCCUACCAUAACCCUAACCCUAACCUCCAAGUGGGCUGGCUGCACAAGUAAGACUAUGGACCCAAUGGCUCACUACCCUAACCCUAACCCUAACCUCCAAGUGGGCUGGCUGCACAAGUAAGACUAUGGACCCAAUGGCUCCCUACCAUAAGCCUAACCCUAACCUCCAAGUGGGCUGGCUGCACAAGUAAGACUAUGGACCCAAUGGCUCACUACCCUAACCCUAACCCUAACCUCCAAGUGGGCUGGCUGCACAAGUAAGACUAUGGACCCAAUGGCUCCCUACCCUAAGCCUAACCCUAACCUCCAAGUGGGCGGGCUGCACAAGUAAGACUAUGGACCCAAUGGCUCACUACCCUAACCCUAACCCUAACCUCCAAGUGGGCUGGCUGCACAAGUAAGACUAUGGACCCAAUGGCUCCCUACCCUACCCCUAACCCUAACCUCCAAGUGGGCUGGCUGCACAAGUAAGACUAUGGACCCAAUGGCUCACUACCCUAACCCUAACCCUAACCUCCAAGUGGGCUGGCUGCACAAGUAAGACUAUGGACCCCAAUGGCUCCCUACCCUACCCCUAACCCUAACCUCCAAGUGGGCUGGCUGCACAAGUAAGACUAUGGACCCAAUGGCUCACUACCCUAACCCUAACCCUAACCUCCAAGUGGGCUGGCUGCACAAGUAAGACUAUGGACCCAAUGGCUCCCUACCCUAACCCUAACCCUAACCUCCAAGUGGGCUGGCUGUACAACACUCUCACUGUACUACCUAGUGGCUCCAUAGCUCCCUACUGUACUACCUAGUGGCUCCCUACUGUACUACCUAGUGGCUCCCUACUGUACUACCUAGUGGCUCCCUACUGUCAUACCCAAUGGCUCCCUACUGUACUACCUAGUGGCUCCCUACUGUACUACCCAGUGGCUUCCCUACUGUACACCUAGUGGCUCCCUACUGUAACUACCAUGGCUCCCUACUCCCUACUACCUAGUGUGUGCUCCCUACUGUACUACCUAGUUGGCUCCUACUUACGUACUACCUAGUGGCUCCCUACUGUACUACCUAGUGGCUCCCUACUCGCACUACCUAGUGGCUCCCUACUGUACUACCUAGUGGCUCCCUACUGUACUACCUAGUGGCUCCCUACUGUACUACCUAGUGGCUCCCUACUGUACUACCUAGUGGCUCCCUACUGUACUACCUAGUGGCUCCCUACUGUACUACCUAGUGGCUCCCUACUCCACUACCUAGUGGCUCCCUACUGUACUACCUAGUGGCUCCCUACUGUACUACCUAGUGGCUCCCUACUGUCCACUACCUAGUGGCUCCCUACUGUACUACCUAGUGGCUCCCUACUGUACUACCUAGUGGCUCCCUACUGUACUACCUAGUGGCUCCCUACUGUACUACCUAGUGCUCCCUACUGUACUACCUAGUGGCUCCCUACUGUACUACCUAGUGGCUCCCUACUGUACUACCUAGUGGCUCCCUACUCACUACCUAGUGGCUCCCUACUGUACUACCUAGUGGCUCCCUACUGUACUCCCCCUAGUGGCUCCCUACUUCCCUACCUAGUGGCUCCCUAUUUACCCCUAUGCUCCACUGUACUACCUAGUGGCUCCCUACUGUACACCUAGGGGCUCCCUACUGUACUACCUAGUGGCUCCCUAUUUUACUACCUAGUGGCUCCCUACUGUACUACCUAGUGGCUCCCUACUGUACUACCUAGUGGUUUCCCUACUCCACUACCUAGUGGCCCCUACUGUACUACCUAGUGCUCCUACUCCACUACCUAGUGCCCCUACUUCCUACCUAGUGGCUCCCUACUACUACCUAGUGGCUCCCUACUGUACUACCUAUUGGCUCCCUACUGUACUACCUAUUGGCUCCCUACUGUACUACCUAUUGGCUCCCUACUGUACUACCUAUGGCUCCCUAUUUCCAAACCUAGUGGCUCCCUAUUUCCUACCUAGUGGCUCCCUACUGUACUACCUAGUGGCUCCCUACUCACUACCUAGUGGCUCCUACUGUACUACCUAGUGGCUCCCUACUCCACUCCCUAGUGGCUCCCUACUGUACUACUAGUGGCUCCCUACUCCCUACCUAGUGGCUCCCUACUGCCCUACCUAGUGGCUCCCUACUGUACUACCUAGUGGUUUCCCUACUACUACCUAGUGGCUCCCUACUGUACUACCUAGUGGCUCCCUACUGUACUACCUAGUGGCUCCCUACUUACCACCUAGGGGCCCUCCCUACCCCACUCCCUAGUGGCUCCCACCCCCAAAUUUUGACCUAGUGGCUCCCUACUACUACCUAGUGGCCCCCUACUGACUACCUAUGGCUCCCUACUGUACUACCUAGUGGUUUCCCUAUUUAACUACCUAUGGCUCCCUACUGUACUACCUAUUUGGCUCCCUACUGUACUCCUAGGGGCUCCCUACUGUUUUACUACCUAGUGGCUCCCUAUUUCCACUACCUAGUGCUCCCUACUGUACUACCUAUGGCCUCCCUACUUCCCUACCUGGGGUUUCCCUACUGAAACUACCUAGUGGCUCCCUACUGUACUACCUAGUGGCUCCCUACUCCACUACCUAGUGGCUCCCUACUGUACUACCUAGUGGCUCCCUACUGUACUACCUAGGGGCUCCCUACGUACUACCUAGUGGCUCCCUAUUUACUACCUAGUGGCUCCCUACUGUACUCCCCUAUGGGCUCCCUACUUCCACUACCUAGUGGCUCCCUACUGUACUAACCUGGGGCUCCCUACUGUCUACCAGUGGCUCCCUACUACUACCUAGUGGCUCCCUACUGUACUACCUAUGGCUCCCUACUGUACACCUAGUGGCUCCCUACUGUACAAACUAGGGGGCUCCCUACUUCCUACCUAGUGGCCCUCCCUACUGACUACCAGUGUCUCCCUACUCCACUACCUAGGGGCUCCCUACUGUACUACCUAUGGCUCCCUACUGUACUACCUAGUGGCUCCCUACUACUACCUUUGGCUCCCUUCCCCUCCCACUACCUAUUUGGCUCCCUACGUACUCCUAGUGGCUCCCUACUGUACUACCUAGUGGCUCCCUACUCCACUACCUAGUGGCCCCUACUUUUUCCACUACCUAGUGGCUCCCAAAUUUACUACCUAUGGCUCCCUACCCCACUACCUAGUGGCUCCCUACUCCCACCUAUGGCUCCCUAUUUCCACACCUAGUGGCUCCCUACUGUACUCCCCUAUUUGGCUCCCUACUGUACUACCUAUGGCUCCCUACUCCACUACCUAGGGCUCCCUCUUACUACCUAUUGGCUCCCUACUCCACUACCUUUUGGGGCUCCCUACUGACUACCUAGUGGCUCCCUACUCCACUACCUAGUGGCUCCCUACUGUACUACCUAGGGGCUCCCUACUGUAUACCUAGUGGCUCCCUACUUACUACCUAGGGGCUCCCUACCCCACUACCUAGUGGCUCCCUACUCCACUACCUAGUGCUCCCUACCCACUACCUAGUGGCUCCCUACUUACUACCUAUGGCUACCCUACCUACCCCCACUUCCCUAACCUAGUGGCUCCCUACUGUACUACCUAGUGGCUCCCUACUCCACUACCUAUGGCUCCCUACUUACUACCUAGUGGCUCCCACUGACUACCUAGUGGCUCCCUACUCCACUACCUAUGGCUCCCUACUUACUACCUAGUGGCUCCCUACUUACAAACCUAGUGGCCCCCCUACUACUACCUAGUGGCUCCCUACUCCCACUACCUAGUGGCUCCCUACUGUACUACCCUAGUGGCUCCUAUUUCCACAAACCUAUUGGCUCCUAUUUACUACCUGGGGCUCCCUACUUACUACCUAUGGCCCCCUACUGACUCCCUAUGGCUCCACUCCCACCUAGUGGCUCCCUCCCCACUCCCUAGGCCCCUACUGAAACUACCUGUGGCUCCCUACUCCCUACCUAGUGGCUCCCUAGUACUCCUAGGGCUCCCCUUACUACCAGGGGUCCCUACUUACCCCUAGGGGCCCUCCCCUAUUUGCUCCCCUAUUUGCUCCCUACUGUUAACCUAGGGCUCCCUACCCCAUACUAGGGGGCCCUUGUACUAACUAUUUGCCCCUACUGUACUACCUGGGGGCCCCUACUUCCAAUUCCCUAUUUUUGGCUCCCUACCCACACUAGGGGUUCCCUACUACCCCUAGGGGCUCCCACUUACCCCCUAUGGCUCCCACUGUACCCCAGGGGCCCCUACCCACUACUAGUGGCUCCCUACUACUACCUUGGCCCCUACUUUUACCAUGGCCCCACUGUACAAACCUAGUGGCCCACUGUACUCCCUAGUGUUUCCCUACUCCCUCCCUAGUGGCUCCCUACUUACUAACCUAGGGUCCCUACUGAAACUACCUAUGGCUCCCUACUGACUCCAUGGACCCUACUGUACACCAUGGCUCCCUCCCUCCCUACCUAGUGCCCCCUACUACUACCAGUGGCUCCUACUGUACUACCUAUGGCUCCCUACGUACUACCUAGGGGCUCCUACUGUACUACAGUGGCUCCCUACCCACUACCUGUGGCCCCCUACGUACAAACUGUGGCUCCCUAUUUAAAACCUAGUGGCCCCUACUGUACUACCAUGGCUCCUACUGACUACCUAGGCCCCCCCUACCAACUACCCUAGUGGCUCCCUAUGUACUAACCUAGUGGCUCCCUACUCCCUACCUAGUGGUCCCUACUGACUACCUAUGGCUUCCACUGAUACUACCUAGGGCCUCCCUCUCCACUCCCCAGGGCUCCCUACUGUACUACUAUGGUCCCUACUGUACUACCUAUGGCUUCCCUACUGUACUACCUAGGGGGUCCUACUGUACUACUAGUGGCUCCCACUGUACUCUAGGGCUCCCUACUGUACUACCUAGUGGCUUCCUACUUACAAACCUAGGGGCCCCAAAUUUACUACCUAGUGUUUCCCUACUUCCUAAUGUGGCUCCGUACUACUAGUGGCUCCCUACUGACUACCUAAUUCUCCCUACUGUCACCUAGGGGCUCCCUACUCCACUACCAUUGGCCUCCCAAACGAAACACCUAUGGCCCCUAUAUUUCCUAUGGCUCCCUACUUACUACCUAGUGGCUCCCUACUACUCCCUAGGUGGUUUCCCUACUUUUACUACCUAGGGGCUUCCCUACUGAAACUACCAGUGGCUCCCUCUGUACUACCUAGUGGCUCCCUAACUUACCUAGUGCCCCCUACGUAACCUAGUGGCUCCCUACUACUACAUGCUCCCUACGUCACUAGUGGCUCCCUACUUACUACCUAGUGGCUCCCACUGUACUACCUAGUGGCUCCCUACUUACUACCUAUGGCUCCCUACUCCACUACCUAUGGCUCCCUACUGUACACCUAGUGGCUCCCUACUGACUACCUAUGGCUCCCCUACUCCACUACCUAUGGCUCCCUACUGUACUACCUGUGGCUCCCUACUGUACUCCCUAUGGCUCCCUACUGUACUACUAUGGCUCCCUAUUUCCACUACCUAGUGGCUUCCCUACUGUACUACCCUAGUGGCUCCCUACUGUACUACCUAGUGGCUCCCUACUGAAACUACCUAGUGGCUCCCUACUGUACUACCCUAGGGGCUCCCACUCAACUACCUAGUGGCUCCCUACUGUACUACCUAGUGGCUCCCUACUCCACUCCUAGUGGCUCCCUACUGUACUACCUAGUGGCUCCCUACUGUACUAACCUAGUGCUCCCUACUCCACUCCCUAUUUGCUCCCUAUUUCACUACCUAGUGGCUCCCUACUACUACCUAGUGGCUCCCUACUGUACUACCUAUGGCUCCCUACGGGUACUACAUAGGGGGCUCCCUACUGUACUACCUAGUGGCUCCCUACUGUACUACCUAGUGGCCCCCUACUGUCUACCUAUUGGCCCCCUACUGUCUACCUAGUGGCUCCCUACUGUAACUAACUAGUGGCUCCCUCUGUACUACCUAUGGUUUCCCUCCCUUACUUUACCUAGUGGCUCCCUACUGUACUACCUGGGGCUCCCUACUCCACUACCUAUGGCUCCCUACGUACUACCUAGUGGCUCCCUACUCCACUCCCUAGUGGCUCCCUACUGUACUACCUAUUUGGCUCCCUACCUCCACUACCUAGUGGCUCCCUACUGUACUACCUAGUGGCCCCCCUACUGUACUACCUAGUGGCUCCCUACUGUCUACCUAGUGGCUCCCUACUGUACUCCUAUGGCUCCCUACUGUACUACCUAGUGGCUCCCUACUCCACUCCCUAGGGGCUCCCUACUGUACUACCUAGUGGCUCCCUACUCCACUACCCUAUGGCUCCCUACUGUACUACCUAUGGCUCCCAAACUGUACUACCUAGUGGCUCCCUACUCCACUACCUAGUGGCUCCCUACUGUACUACCCUAUGGUUUCCCUACGAAACUACUAUUGGCCCCUACUCCACUACCUAGGGGCUCCCUACGUACUACCUAGUGGCUCCUACUGUACUACCUAGUGGCUCCCUACUGUACUACCUAGUGGCUCCCUACUGUAACCUUACCCUAGUGGCUCCCUACUGUACUACCUAGUGGCUCCCUACUCCACUAUCUAGUGGCUCCCUAUUUACUCCACUACCUAGUUCUCCCUACUGUACUACCUAGGGGCUCCCUACUGUACUACCUAGGGGCCCCCUACUGUCACCUAGUGGCUCCCUACGUACUACCCUCCUUGGCUCCCACUGUACUACCUAUUGGCCCCCUACUGUACUACCUAGUGGCUCCCUACUACUCCUAUGCCCCCUACUGUACUCCCUAGUGGCUCCCUACUACUACCUAGUGGCCCCUACACUCCCUAGUGGCCCCCCUACUUACACCUAUGGCUCCCUCCCCACUCCCUUUGGGCUCCCUCUGUCCCCUAUGGCUCCCUACUGUACUACCUAGUGGCUCCCACUGUUACCUAGGGCCCCUACUUCUACCUUGGCCCCCUACUUUUUAAACCUAGUGGCCCCAUUUCCAUCCCCUAGUCACCGGCUCCCUACUGUACUACCAGCCCCCCUACACUACCUAGGGGCUCCCUACUUACCCCUUUUCCCCCCCCAUUGGGGCCCCCCUACGUACUCGGGGCCUCCCACUGUACCCUAUGGCCCCUACUCCACUACCUGGGGCUCCCAUUACACAGUCUCCCAUUUACUCCGGGGCUCCCUACUCCACUCCCUGGGCUCCCUACUGAACUACCAUGGCUCCCACGUCCCUCCCAUGGCUCCCUCUUCCCCUACCUAGUGGUCCCUACUGACACCUUGGCCCCCUACGUCCCUGGGGGUUUAAAAUCCACUCCAGGGCCCCUAUGUCUCCUCCCUAUGGCUCCCUACUAUCCCCUAUGGCUCCCUACUGUCUACCAGUGGCUCCCUUUUACUACCUAGGGGCUCCCCAUUUACCAGGGCCCCUACCCCUCCUGGGCCCCAAUCCACCCAUCCCCUAUUACACCUUUUCUACUCCAAUAGGGGUCCCUACACCCCGGGGGCCCCAUGACUACCAAAGGGCCCCCAAAAAUUACCUAGUGGCUCCUACUGUACUACCUAGUGGUCCUCACUACUAGUGCUCCCUUACUACUAGUGGCUCCCUACUGUACUACCUAGUGGCUCCUACUGUACUACCUAGUGGCUCCCUACUCACUACCUAGUGGCUCCCUACUCACUACCUAGUGGCUCCCAUACUGUCCCAGACUUUACCCUAGUGGCUCCCUACUGUACUACCUAGUGGCUCCCUACUCCAUUUACCUAGUGGCUCCCUACUCACUACCUAGUGGCUCCCUACUGACUACCUAGUGGCUCCCUACUUACUACCUAGUGGCUCCCUACUCCACUACCUAGUGGCUCCCUACUGUACUACCUAGUGGCUCCCUACUCCACUACCUAGUGGCUCCCUACUCCACUACCUAGUGGCUCCCUACUGUCUACUAGUGGCUCCCUAUAAUGGCUCCUACUCUACCAUGCUCACUGUCUCCUUGCUCCUACUGUACUACCUAGUGGCUCCCACUACUCUCCCUACUACUACUAGUGGCUCCCUACUCUCACUACCUAGUGGCUCCCUACUGUACUACCUAGUGGCUCCCUACUGACUACCUAGUGGCUCCCUUAACUGCUACUAUACCUAGUGGCUCCCUACUCCACUACCUAGUGGCUCCCUACGUACUACUAGUGGCUCCCUACUUACUACCUAGUGGCUCCCUACUUACUACCUAGUGGCUCCCUACUUACUACCUAGUGGCUCCUAUCCCUACUCCUACUACAAGUGGCUCCCUACUACUACUAGUGGCUCCCUACUACUACCUAUGGCCCCUACUACUACUAGUGGCUCCCUACUCCACUACCUAGUGGCUCCCUACUGUACUACCUAGUGGCUCCCUACUACUACCUAUGGCUCCCUACUACUACCUAGUGGCUCCCUACUGUACUACCUAGUGGCUCCCUACUGUACUACCUAGUGGCUCCCUACUACUCUACUAGUGCUCCCUACUGUACUACCUAGUGGCUCCUACUGUACUACCUAGUGGCUCCCUACUGUCACCUAUGGCUCCCUACUUACUACUAGUGGCUCCCUACUGUACUACCUAGUGGCUCCCUACUGCUACCUAGUGGCUCCCUACUUACUACCUAGUGGCUCCCUACUUACUACUAGUGGCUCCCUACUUACACCUAUGGCUCCCUACUCCACUACCUGUGGCUCCCUACUGUACUACCUAGGGCUCCCUACUCACUACCUAGUUCCUACUUUUAGUGCCCUUGUCACACCUAGUGGCCUCGUACACUAUGCCCUAUGACUAUAUGGUCCCUACCCCCCCUCACACUAUGGCUCCCUAUUACUAUGCCCACUGAUCCUAGUGGCCCCUACUCUACUAUGGCUCCUACUAUACUAGUGGCUCCCUACUGUACUCCUAUGGUCCCUACUCUACCUAGGGCUCCCACUGUACUACCUAGUGGCUCCCUACUGUCUCCUUCUUGCUACUCCUGGUCCUUACUACUGUCCCCUUACUACUAGGCUCCUACUCACUACCUAGUGGCCCUACUGUACACUAGUGCUCCACUACUAGUGCUCCCUACUCCCUAUGUCCCUACUACUACCAGGGCUCCCUACUCUACCUGCCCCUACUGUCUACUAUGGCUCCCCACUACCUUGGCUCCUACUUCCUAGUGGCUCCCUACUGUCUACCAUCCUACUGUGCUCCUAUCCCUAUCCCUACUGUCCAGUCUCUACUACCUAGUGGCUCCCACUGUCAUCCCUGUGCUCCCUACUCUCUACUGCACACUACCUGUGCCUUACCUAUGGCUCCCUAUGUACUACCUAGGGCCCUACUCUACUGGCUCCCUACUCACUGUGGUCCCUACUUACUACUGGGCUCCCUACUAUCCUAGUGGUCCUCUCUGCCCUCUACUCCUACUCUCUCCGCUCCCUAUGACUACUAGUCCUCUCUACCUAGGCUCCCUACUAUACUAUGGCUCCCUUACUACCUGUGCUCCCACUUACUACCUAUGGCUCCCUACUGUACACCUGUGCCUCUACCUAGCUCCCUACUAUACCUAGGUCCCUACCACUACCUUCCUACGUACUACCUAGGCUCCCCUGGCUCCUCACCUAGGCUCCCUACUACUACCUAGUGGCUCCCUACUGUACUACCUAGUGGCUCCCACUACUACCUAGUGGCUCCCUACUACUACCUAGUGGCUCCCUACUGUACUACCUAGUGGCUCCCUACUGUACUACCUAGUGGCUCCCUACUGUACUACCUAGUGGCUCCCUACUUACUACCUAGUGGCUCCCUACUGUACUACCUAGUGGCUCCCUACUGUACUACCUAGUGGCUCCCUACUGUACUACCUAGUGGCUCCCUACUGUACUACCUAGUGGCUCCCUACUGUACUACCUAGUGGCUCCCUACUGUACUACCUAGUGGCUCCCUACUGUACUACCUAGUGGCUCCCUACUCUACUACUAGUUCACUACUGUUGUUUAGUGUCUUGUCUGACAGCCAUAUGUGGCUCUGGUCAAAGUAAUGCCCUAUAGAGUUAAUAUGGUGCAAUUUCAGAUCUGUGUCUGUUCCAGUGAUACCUACAUAUCUAUAGUGCAUUCGGAAAGUAUUCAGACCCCUUCCCUUUUUCCAAAUGUUGUUACAUUACACCCGUAUUCUAAAAUGGAUAAAAUUAAUUUCCUCAUCAAUCUACACACAAUACCCCAUAAUCACAAAUCGAUUUUCUUUUUUGAAUUUAUAGCAAAUGUAUAAAUGUAUUGUGUCGAGGCACAUAUAUGGGGAAGGGUACCAGCAUUUAUUUGCAGCAUUGAAGGUCCCCAAAAACACAGUGGCCUCCGUCAUUCUUCAAUGGAAGAAGUGUGGAACCACCAAGACUCUUCCUAGAGCUGGUCGCCUGGCCAAACUGAGCAGAGUUCCUCUGUGGAUUUGGGAGAACCUUCCAGAUGGACAACCAUCUCUGCAGCACUCCACCAACCAGGCCUUUAUAGUAGAGUGGCCAGACGGAAGUCACUCCUCAGUAAAAGGCACAUGACAGUCCGCUUGGAGUUUGCCAAAAGCCACCUAAAAGACUCACCGACCAUGAGAAACAAGAUUCUCUGGUCUGAUGAAACCAAGAUUCAACACUUUGGCCUGAAUGCCGAGCGUCAUCUGGCACCAUCCCUACGGUGAAGCAUGGUGGUGGCAGCAUCAUGCUGUGGGGAUGUUUUUCAGCGGCAGGGACUCGGAGACUAGUCAGGAUCGAGGGAAAGAUGAACGUAGCAAAGUACAGAGAGAUCCUUGAUGAAAACCUUCUCCAGAGCACUCAGGACCUCAGACUGGGGCGAGAAUUCACCUUCCAACAGGACAACAACCCUAAGCACACAGCCAAGACAACGCAGGAGUGGCUUCGGGACAAGUCUCUGAAUGUCCCUGAGUGGCCCAGCCAGAGCCCGGACUUGAACCCGAUCGAACAUCUCUGGAGAGACCUGAAAAUAGCUGUGCAGCGUCGCUCCCCAUCCAACCUGACAGAGCUUGAGAGGAUCUGCAGAAAAGAAUGGGAGAAACUCCCCAAAUACAGGUGUGCCAAGCUUGUAACGUCAUACCCAAGAAGGAUCAAGGCUGUAAUCGCUGCCAAAGGUGCUUCAACAAAGUACUGAGUAAAGGGUCUGAAUACUUAUGCAAAUGUUAUAUUUCCGUUUUUUUCUAAAAAUCUGUUUUUGCUUUGUCAUUAUGGGGUAUUUUGUGUAGGAUGAUGAGGGACAAAAAAACAAUUUAAUCCAUUUUGGAGUAAGGCUGUAACGUCUCAAAAUGUGGAAAAAGUCAAGGGGUCUGAAUACCUUCCGAAUGCGCUGUACCUACCUCAUGUCUCUGUUCCAGUGAUCCCUCCAUAUCUACCUACCUCAUGUCUCUGUUCCAGUGAUCCCUCCAUAUCUACCUACCUCAUGUCUCUGUUCCAGUGAUCCCUCCAUAUCUACCUACCUCAUGUCUCUGUUCCAGUGAUCCCUCCAUAUCUACCUACCUCAUGUCUCUGUUCCAGUGAUCCCUCCAUAUCUACCUACCUCAUGUCUCUGUUCCAGUGAUCCCUCCAUAUCUACCUACCUCAUGUCUCUGUUCCAGUGAUCCCUCCAUAUCUACCUACCUCAUGUCUCUGUUCCAGUGAUCCCUCCAUAUCUACCUACCUCAUGUCUCUGUUCCAGUGAUCCCUCCAUAUCUACCUACCUCAUGUCUCUGUUCCAGUGAUCCCUCCAUAUCUACCUACCUCAUGUCUCUGUUCCAGUGAUCCCUCCAUAUCUACCUACCUCAUGUCUCUGUUCCAGUGAUCCCUCCAUAUCUACCUACCUCAUGUCUCUGUUCCAGUGAUCCCUCCAUAUCUACCUACCUCAUGUCUCUGUUCCAGUGAUCCCUCCAUAUCUACCUACCUCAUUUCUCGGUUCCAGUGAUCCCUCCAUAUCUACUACCUCAUGUCUCUGUUCCAUGAUCCCUCCAUAUCUACCUACCUCAUGUCUCUGUUCCAGUGAUCCCUCCAUAUCUACCUACCUCAUGUCUCUGUUCCAGUGAUCCCUCCAUAUCUACAAAUCUAUGGCUGUAUAGAGUGCUCAUAUUGACUCUGUGUGUGUAUCUGUGUGUCUGUCUGUGCGUGCAUCUGUCUCUCUGUGUCUGUAUGUGUGUCUGUCUGCAGGGAUGCUAAGAUUGCCCACUCCGACAGAGUCCAGUGUGGUGUGACCGGGGAGCAGCUGUGGCUCAAGGUGAAUGAGCCCACAGAGAAAGAUAAGGGCAAAUACGUAAUGAAUAUCUGUGACGGCAAGGACGGGGUUAAGAGGUUCUGUGACCUGUCUGGACAAGGUGAGGAACCCACACCCACAGAAACACACACACACACAGAAACAUACACACACACACACACACACACACAGAAACACACCACACACACACACACACAACACACACACACACACACACAGAAACACACACACACACACACACACACACACACACAGAACCAGAAACACACACACACACACACAGAAACACAACACACACACACAGAAACACACACACACACACACAGAAACACACACACACACACACAGAAACACACACACACACAGAGAAACACACACACACAGAGAAACACACACACACACACAGAAACACACACCAACACACACAGAAACACACACACACACAGAAACACACACACACACACACAGAGAAACACACACACACAGAGAAAAACACACACACACAGAAACACACACAGAAACACACACACACACACACAGAAACACACACACAGAAACACACACACACGCACAUACCUUUUUAAGUAUCUAGUGCAGGCAACUUUGAUGGGGGUGGGGGCCACAAAAUAUCUGAAGUCAUCAUGAGGGGCCGCAGUGGCUCAUGGUUCUGUGUACACACAGCCAUACCCACAUUUGCAGUCAGAGCCAGCCCUAGACUUUAGGGGCCCUAAGUGACAUUUUGUUGGGGGGCCCCGCCACUUUGCGAGCAAAACAUUUUAGCAGCCCCCCUCUUGACAGCGGAAAGAAAAAUGUUUUAGAGGUCAUUUUCUGCAAUUCUACACAUUUUGCAAUGGGGGCGCAGAGAAAAUGUGGCCGUUUUAAUGCAGAUUUGCUGCAAUUCUACACUUUUUGACAUGGGGUGGAGAGAAGAGUUUGCCGUAACACUUUACAAUAAGGUUCCAUUUGUAAAGGGUUUAUAAAGGGUUUGUAAUUACAUUAUUAAUGGUUAUUUAAUCAUUUGUAAAUGUAUUAUAAAACAUUAAUAAAUGGGUUAUAACAAAUGGGUCAAACUAGUGCGCUAGCCAGUCAGUGCUUGUCAAAUAGUGAGCCACUAUUUAACUCCAGCUAUUAACUAUUUAUAAAUGCACUUAUAAAUGUGUAUAAUAUUGAACCCUUAUGUAUCAUCAUGCAACCUUAUGUUAAAUGGUUGCACAUUUAAACAAUAGUUAUUUUCUCGCUUUUGGGUGUGAUGCAUUGUUGCUCUGUCCCAGGAACAGAAAUGGUUGGUUUUCAGACCAAUGGUCAGGUCAAACGUCAACAGUGAAGAGGCGACUCCGGGAUGCUGACCUUCUAGGCAGAGUUGUAAAGAAAAAGCCAUAUCUCAGACUGCCCAUCUUAAUCUUUUCUUUUUAUAGGCCAGUCUGAGAUAUGGCUUUUUCUUUGCAACUCUGCCUAGAAGGUCAGCAUCCCGGAGUCGUCUCUUCACUGUUGACGUUUUGUGGGUACUAUUUAAUGAAGCUGCCAGUUGAGGACCUGUGAGGUGUCUGUUUCUCAAACUAGACACUCUAAUGUAUUUGUCCUCUUGCUCAGUUGUGCACCGGGGCCUCCCACUCCUCUUUCUAUUCUGGGUAGAGCCAGUUUGCGCUGUUCUGUGAAGGGAGUAGUACACAGCGUUGUACGAGAUCUUCAGUUUCUUGAAAAUUUCUCGCAUGGAAUAGCCUUCAUUUCUCAGAACAAGAAUAGACUGAUGAGUUUCAGAAGAAAGUUCUUUGUUUCUGGCAAUUUUGAGCCUGUAAUCGAACCCACAAUUGCUGAUGCUCCAGAUACUCAACUAGUCUCAAGAAGGCAAGUUUUAUUGCUUCUUUAAUCAGCAAAACAGUUUUCAGCUGUGCUAACAUAAUUGCAAAAGGGUUUUCUAAUGAUCAAUUAGCUUUUUAAAAUGAUGAACUUGGAUUAGCAAACACAACGUGCCAUUGGAACACAGGACUGAUGGUUGCUGAUAAUGGGCCUCUGUACGCCUAUGUAGAUAUUCCAUUAAAAAUCAGCUGUUUCCAGCUACGGGUCUGACUUAGAAUGUGUGGACAACUACAAAUACCUAGGUGUCUGGUUAGACCGUAAACUCUCCUUCCAGACUCACAAUAAGCAUCUCCAAUCCAAAGUUAAAUCUAGAAUCGGCUUCCUAUUUCGCAACAAAGCCUCCUUCACUCAUGCCGCCAAACAUGCCCUCGUAAAACUGACUAUCCUACAGAUCCUUGACUUCGGCUACAAAAUAAAAAAAUUACAAAAUAGCCUCCAACACUCUACUCAGCAAGUUGUAUGUAGUAUAUCACAGUGCCAUCCGUUUAUAUAUCACAGUGCCAUCCGUUUUGUCACCAAAGCCCCAUAUACUACCCACCACUGUGACCUGUACGCUCUUGUUGGCUGGCCCUCACUACAUAUUCGUUGCCAAACCCACUGGCUCCAGGUCAUCUAUAAAUCACUGCUAGGCAAAUCCCCGCCUUAUCUUAGCUCACUGGUCACCAUAGCAACACCCACCCGUAGUAUGCGCUCCAGCAGGUAUAUCUCACUGGUCAUCCCCAAAGCCAACACCUCCUUUGGUCGCCAUUCCUUCCAGUUCUCUGCUGCCAAUGACUGGAACGAACUGCAAAAAUCUCUGAAGCUGGAGACACUUAUCUCCCUCACUAACUUUAAGCAUCAGUUGUCAGAGCACCUUAACGAUCACUGCACCUGUACACAGCCCAUCUGAAAUUAGCCCACCCAACUACCUCAUCCCCAUAUUGUUAUUUAUUUUGCUCAUUUGCACCCCAGUAUCUCUAUUUGCACAUCAUCUUCUGCAUAUCUAUCAUUCCAGUGUUAAUACUAAAUUGUAAUUAUUUUGCACUAUGGCCUAUUUAUUGCCUUACCUCCAUAACUUAUUACAUUUGCACACACUGUAUAUAUAUUUUCUAUCGACUUAUGUUUUGUUUUACCCCAUAUGUAACUCUGUGUUGUUGUUUUUAUCGCACUGCUUUGCUUUAUCUUGGCCAGGUCGCAGUUGUAAAUGAGAACUUGUUCUCAACUGGCUUACCUGGUUAAAUAAAGGUUAAAUAAUAAAUAAAUAAAAUAAAAAAUCAGCUUUCCAGCUACAAUAGCCAUUUACAACAUGAACAAUGUCUACACUGUAUUUCUGAUCAAUUUUAUGUUAUUUUAAUGGACAAAAAAAUUGAUUUUCUUUCGAAAACAAGGACGUUUUUAAGUGACCCCAAACUUUUGAACGGUAGUGUAUAUGCUGUAGUAAAUGUUUACAACUCAUUAAUAAAUGGUCAGUAGGUGUCCACUUUCUUUCAAGGUAUCUUUUCAGCAUUUAUAAAUGUUGGGAACUCAUUUGUUAAUGGUCAGUGGGUUGCCACUUUAAAAUAAGCUAUCAUUUUAGCAGUUAUGUUGAUAACUCAGUUAUGUUGAUAACUCAGUUAUGUUGAUAACUCAGUUAUAAAUGUUGAUAACUCAGUUAUAAAUGUUGAUAACUCAGUUAUAAAUGUUGAUAACUCAGUUAUAAAUGUUGAUAUCUCAGUAAAUGUUUAUAGAUCUGUGACUUUAAAAUAAGGUAUACUUUUAGUAAUUAUAUGUGGGUAAAUCAUUUCUAGAUGAUUUGAGAGUUUUUUCAGAGCUUAGAUGUACUUAUAGGUAGUACAUUACGGUUACCCAUUUCACAGCAGAGCAUUCACCAUACUUAGUCUAUCACAGAGAAGUGGUAAGUGUGUUGAUAUCAUGUGGUAUUAUGGAGUAUUAGGAGUGCUGUCCUAGAUAUAAGUUGGGCAUCAGGAUUUCAAAGGUGGGUCAAGACACAUCAUGAUAACCAACCUCUUCUGUUCCUGGGACAGAGCAACAAAGCAUCGCACCCAAAAGUGAGAAAAUAACUAUUUUUCAACUGUGCAACUAUUGAAAAUAAGGUUUUAUGAUGAGACAUAAGGGUUCAUCUUAUAAGCAUUUUUAAGUGUGUUUAUAAAUGGUUAAUAACGAGGUCAAUAUUAGCUCACUAUUUGGGAAACACUAACCAGUUAUUGCACUAUUUUGACAAAUGUGGUAGAACAGUUUAUUAAUGGGUUAUAAUGCAUUUACAAAUUAUUAAAUACCUAUUAAUAAUGUAAUUAUAAACCCUUUACAAAUGGAACCUUAUUACCGAUUUUAUCAAAUUUCACGCAAUUCUACUCAUUUGGCCAUGGGGCAGAGAGAAAAAUGUGCCCUUUUACAGCUAAUUUCCUGCAAUUCUACAUAUUUUGCCAUAGGGUGGAGAGAACUUUUUAAUAUGAUAUCUGAGUGAGAGUGACUAACGAAAUUAAUGGAGGCCCAUCACGAGUGUCUGUUACUGUGGGUUGGUUGGUUGACUAAUAUAUACAGUGGGGAGAACAAGUAUUUGAUACACUGCCGAUUUUGCAGGUUUUCCUACUUACAAAGCAUGUAGAGGUCUGUAAUUUUUAUCAUAGGUACACUUCAACUGUGAGAGACGGAAUCUAAAACAAAAAUCCAGAAAAUCACAUUGUAUGAUUUUUAAGUAAUUAAUUUGCAUUUUAUUGCAUGACAUAAGUAUUUGAUCACCUACCAACCAGUAAGUAUUCCGGCUCUCACAGACCUGUUAGUUUUUCUUUAAGAAGCCCUCCUGUUCUCCACUCAUUACCUGUAUUAACUGCACCUGUUUGAACUCAUUACCUGUAUAAAAGACACCUGUCCACACACUCAAUCAAACAGACUCCAACUUCUCCACAAUGGCCAAGACCAGAGAGCUGUGUAAGGAUAUCAGGGAUAAAAGUGUAGACCUGCACAAGGCUGGGAUGGGCUACAGGACAAUAGGCAAGCAGCUUGGUGAGAAGGCAACAACUGUUGGCGCAAUUAUUAGAAAAUGGAAGAAGUUCAAGAUGACGGUCAAUCACACUUGGUCUGGGGCUCCAUUUAAGAUCUCACCUCGUGGGGCAUCAAUGAUCAUGAGGAAGGUGAGGGAUCAGCCCAGAACUACACGGCAGGACCUGGUCAAUGACCUGAAGAGAGCUGGGACCACAGUCUCAAAGAAAACCAUUAGUAACACACUACGCCGUCAUGGGUUAAAAUCCUGCAGCGCACGCAAGGUCCCCCUGCUCAAGCCAGCGCAUGUCCAGGCCCGUCUGAAGUUUGCCAAUGACCAUCUGGAUGAUCCAGAGGAGGAAUGGGAGAAGGUCAUGUGGUCUGAUGAGACAAAAAUAUAGCUUUUUGGUCUAAACUCCACUCGCCGUGUUUGGAGGAAGAAGAAGGAUGAGUACAACCCCAAGAACACCAUCCCAACCGUGAAGCAUGGAGGUGGAAACAUCCUUCUUUGGGGAUGCUUUUCUGCAAAGGGGACAGGACGACUGCACCGUAUUGAGGGGAGGAUGGAUGGGGCCAUGUAUCGCGAGUUCUUGGCCAACAACCUCCUUCCCUCAGUAAGAGCAUUGAAGAUGGGUCGUGGCAGGGUCUUCCAGCAUGACAACGACCCGAAACACACAGCCCGGGCAACUAAGGAGUGGCUCCGUAAGAAGCAUCUCAAGGUCCUGGAGUGGCCUAGCCAGUCUCCAGACCUGAACCCAAUAGAAAAUCUUUGGAGGGAGCUGAAAGUCCGUAUUGCCCAGCGACAGCCCCGAAACCUGAAGGAUCUGGAGAAGGUCUGUAUGGAGGAGUGGGCCAAAAUCCCUGCUGCAGUGUGUGCAAACCUGGUCAAGACCUACAGGAAACGUAUGAUCUCUGUAAUUGCAAACAAAGGUUUCUGUACCAAAUAUUAAGUUCUGCUUUUCUGAUGUAUCAAAUACUUUUGUCAUGCAAUACAAUGCAAAUUAAUUACUUAAAAUCAUACAAUGUGAUUUUCUGGAUUUUUGUUUUAGAUUCCGUCUCUCAUAGUUGAAGUGUACCUAUGAUAAAAAUUACAGACCUCUACAUGCUUUGUAAGUAGGAAAACAUGUAAAAUCGGCAGUGUAUCAAAUACUUGUUCUCCCCACUGUACAUCACCAGUGUCUGUUACUGUGGGUUGGUCAGUUGACUAAAUAAAUAAUAAUAUGCCAUUUAGCAGACGCUUUUAUCCAAAGCGACUUACAGUCAUGUGUGCAUACAUCUUUACGUAUGGGUGGUCCUGGGGAUCGAACCCACUACCCUGGCGUUACAAGCGCCAUGCUCUACCAAUUGAGCUAGUGUCUGUUAUUGUGGGUUGGUCGGUUGACUAAUAUAUACAUCACUAGUGUAAGUUACUGUGGGUUGGUCGGUUGACUCCGGGAGAGGAGGGAGAGAGAGAGAGAAUUAGAGGGAGCAUACUUAAAUUCACACAGGACACCAGAGAAGACAGGAGAAUAACACCAGAUAUAACAGACUGACCCUAGCCCCCCCGGCACAUAGACUAUUGCAGCAUAGAUACUGGAGGCUGAGACAGAGGGGGGGUCGGGAGACACUGUGGCCCCGUCCGACGAUACCCCCGGACAGGGCCAACCAGGUAGGAUAUAUAUAAAAUGUAAAUGUAAAAAUAUAUCCCCACCCACUUUGCCAAAGCACAGCCCCCACACCACCAGAGGGAUAUCAACAGACCACCAACCUACUACCCUGAGACAAGGCUGAGUAUAGCCCACCAACCUACUACCCUGAGACAAGGCUGAGUAUAGCCCACCAACCUACUACCCUGAGACAAGGCUGAGUAUAGCCCACCAACCUACUACCCUGAGACAAGGCUGAGUAUAUCCCACCAACCUACUACCCUGAGACAAGGCUGAGUAUAGCCCACCAACCUACUACCCUGAGUCAAGGCUGAGUAUAGCCCACCAACCUACUACCCUGAGACAAGGCUGAGUAUAGCCCACCAACCUACUACCCUGAGACAAGGCUGAGUAUAGCCCACAAAGAUCUCCUCCACCGCACGAGCCUGAGGGGACGCAAAACCAGACAGGAAGAUCACGUCUGUGACUCAACCCACUCAAGUAACGCACCCCUCCUAGGGACAGCAUGGAAGACCCCUCCUAGGGACGGCAUGGAAGAGCACUAGUAAGCCAGUGACUCAGCCCCCGUAAUAGGGUCAGAGGCAGAGAAUCCCAGUGGAGAGAGGGGAGCCGGCCAGGCAGAGACAGCAAGGGCGGUUCGUGCCUUGCCAUUCACCUUCGCACCCCUGGGCCAGACUACACUCAAUCAUAGGACCUACUGAAGAGAUGAGUCUUCAGUAAAGACUUACAGGUUGAGACCGAGUCUGCGUCUCUCACAUGGAUAAGCAGACCAUUCCAUAAAAAUGGAGCUCUAUAGGAGAAAGCCCUGCCUCCAGCUGUUUGCUUAGAAAUUCUAGGGACAAUAAGGAGGCCUGCGUCUUGUGACCGUAGCAUACGUGUAGGUACAGUGAGGGAAAAAAGUAUUUGAUCCCCUGCUGAUUUUGUACGUUUGCCCACUGACAAAGACAUGAUCAGUCUAUAAUUUUAAUGGUAGGUUUAUUUGAACAGUGAGAGACAGAAUAACAACAAAAAAAUCCUAGAAAAUCGCAUGUCAAAUAUGUUAUAAAUUGAUUUGCAUUUUAAUGAGGGAAAUAAGUAUUUGACCCCUCUGCAAAACAUGACUUAGUACUUGGUGGCAAAACCCUUGUUGGCAAUCACAGAGGUCAGACGUUUCUUGUAGUUGACCACCACGUUUGCACACAUCUCAGGAGGGAUUUUGUUCCACUCCUCUUUGCAGAUCUUCUCCAAGUCAUUAAGGUUUCGAGGCUGACGUUUGGCAACUCGAACCUUCAGCUCCCUCCACAGAUUUUCUAUGGGAUUAAGGUCAGGAGAUUGGCUAGGCCACUCCAGGACCUUAAUGUGCUUCUUCUUGAGCCACUCCUUUGUUACCUUGGCCAUGUGUUUUGGAUCAUUGUCAUGCUGGAAUACCAAUCCACAACCCAUUUUCAAUGCCCUGGCUGAGGGAAGGAGGUUCUCACCCAAGAUUUGACGGUACAUGGCCCUGUUCAUCAUCCCUUUGAUGCGGUGAAGUUGUCCUGUCCCCUUAGCAGAAAAACACUCCCAAAGCAUAAUGUUUCCACCUCCAUGUUUGACGGUGGGGAUGGUGUUCUUGGGGUCAUAGGCAGCAUUCCUCCUCCUCCAAACACGGCGAGUUGAGUUGAUGCCAAAGAGCUCGAUUUUGGUCUCAUCUGACCACAACACUUUCACCCAGUUCUCCUCUGAAUCAUUCAGAUGUUCAUUGGAAAACUUCAGACGGGCAUGUAUAUGUGCUUUCUUGAGCAGGGGGACCUUGCGGGCGCUGCAGUAUUUCAGUCCUUCACGGCGUAAUGUGUUACCAAUUGUUUUCUUGGUGACUAUGGUCCCAGCUGCCUUGAGAUCAUUGACAAGAUCCUCCCGUGUAGUUCUGGGCUGAUUCCUCACCGUUCUCAUGAUCAUUGCAAUUUCACGAGGUGAGAUCUUGCAUGGAGCCCCAGGCUGAGGGAGAUUGACAGUUAUUUUGUGUUUCUUCCAUUUGCGAAUAAUCACACCAUCUGUUUUCACCUUCUCACCAAGCUGCUUGGCGAUGGUCUUGUAGCCCAUUCCAGCCUUGUGUAGGUCUACAAUCUUGUCCCUGACAUCCUUGGAGAGCUCUUUGGUCUUGGCCAUGGUGGAGAGUUUGGAAUCUGAUUGAUUGAUUGCUUCUGUGGACAGGUGUCUUUUAUACAGGUAACAAGCUGAGAUUAGGAGCACUCCCUUUAAGAGUGUGCUCCUAAUCUCAGCUCAUUACCUGUAUAAAAGACACCUGGGAGCCAGAAAUCUUUCUGAUUGAGAGGGGGUCAUAUACUUAUUUCCCUCAUUAAAAUGCAAAUCAAUUUAUAACAAUUUUGACAUGCGUUUUUCUGGAUUUUUGUUGUUGUUAUUCUGUCUCUCACUGUUCAAAUAAACCUACCAUUAAAAUUAUAGACUGAUCAUUUCUUUGUCAGUGGGCAAACGUACAAAAUCAGGAUCAAAUACUUUUUUCCCUCACUGUAUGUAUGGCAGGACCAAAUCGGAGAGAUGGGUAGGAGCAAACCCAUGUAAUGCUUUGUAGGUUAGCAGUAAAACCUUGAAAUCAGCCCUAGCCUUAACAGGAAGCCAGUGCCAUCCAGGACCUAUAUACUAGGCAGUGUCAGAGGAAGGCCCAAAAAAUUGUCAAGGACUCCAGCCAACCUAGUCAUAGACUGUUCUCUCUGCUUCCGCACGGCAAGUGGUACCAGAGCGCCAAGUCUAGGUCCAAAAGGCUUCUUAACAGCUUCUACCCCCAAGCCAUAAGACUCCUGAACUAUUAAUCAAAUGGCCACCCGGACUAUUUACUAUUUGCAAUGACCUACCUGUCCCCCCCACCCCUUUGUUUUUACACUGCUGCGACUCUCUGUUUAUUAUCUAUGCAUAGUCACUUUACCCCUACCUAUAGUGCCUUGCAAAAGUAUUCAUCCCCUUGGCAUUUUUCCUAUUUUGUUGCAUUACAACCUGUCAUUUAAAUUGAUUUUUAUUUGGAUUUCAUGUAAUGGACAUACACAAAAUAGUCCAAAUUGUUGAAGUGAAAUGAAAAAGAUUACUUGUUUCAAAGAAUUCUAAAAAAUAAAUAAUGGAAAAGUGGUGCGUGCAUAUGUAUUCACCCCCUUUGCUAUGAAGCCCCUAAAUAAGAUCUGGUGCAACCAAUUACCUUCAGAAGUACCAUAAUUAGUUAAAUAAAGUCCACCUGUGUGCAAUCUAAGUGUCACAUGAUCUGUCACAUGAUCUCAGUAUAUAUACACCUGUUCUGAAAGGCCCCAGAGUCUGCAACACCACUAAGCAAGGGGCACCACCAAGCAAGUGGCACCAUGAAGACCAAGGAGCUCUCCAAACAGGUCAGGGACAAAGUUGUGGAGAAGUACAGAUCAGGGUUGGGUUAUAAAAAAAAUCCGUAACGUUGAACAUCCCAUGGAGCACCAUUAAAUCCAUUAUAAUAAAAUGGAAAGAAUAUGGCACCACAACAAACCUGCCAAGAGAGGGCCGCCCACCAAAACUCACGGACCAGGCAAGGAGGGCAUUGAUCAGAGAGGCAACAAAGAGACCAAAGAUAACCCUGAAGGAGCUGCAAAGCUCCACAGCGGAGAUUGGAGUAUCUGUCCUUUAGAACACUUUAAGUCAUACACUCCACAGAGCUGGGCUUUACGGAAGAGUGGUCAGAAAAAAGCCAUUGCUUAAAGAAAAAAAUAAGCAAACACAUUUGAUGUUCGCCAAAAUGCAUGUGUGAGACUCCCCAAACAGAUGGAAGCUUUUUGGCCAUCAAGGAAAAUGCUAUGUCUGGCGCAAACCCAACACCUCUCAUCACCCCGAGAACACCAUCCCACAGUGAAGCAUGGUGGUGGCAGCAUCAUGCUGUGGGGAUGUUUUUCAUCGGCAGGGACUGGGAAACUGGUCAGAAUUGAAGGAAUGAUGGAUGGUGCUAAAUACAGGGAAAUUCUUGAGGGAAACCUCUUUCAGUCUUCCAGAGAUUUGAGACUGGGACAGAGGUUCACCUCCCAGCAGGACAAUGAUCCUAAGCAUACUGCUAAAGCAACACUCGAGUGGUUUAAGGGGAAACAUUUAAAUGUCUUGGAAUGGCCUAGUCAAAGCCCAGACAUCAAUCCAACUGAGAAUCUGUGGUAUGACUUAAAGAUUGCUGUACACCAGCGGAACCCAUCCAACUUGAAGGAACAAUGACAAGGGGGGUGAAUACUCUUGCAAGCCACUGUACAUGUACAAAUUACCUCGACUAACCUGUACCCCCGCACAUUGACUCGGUACCGGUACCCUCUGUAUAUAGCCUCGUUAUUGUUAUUUUAUUGUUACUUUUGUUUUUAUUAAGUAAAUAUUUUCUUAACUCUAUUUUCUUUAAACUGCAUUAUUGGUUAAGGGCUUGUAAGUAAGCAUUUCAUGGUAAGGUCUACACCUGUUGUAUUCGGAGCAUGUGACAAAUACAAUUUGAUUUGAUUUGUAGAGAGACUAGCACUGAAGUAAUAUGAUAAAAUGUUUUGCUUCUAGUCAAGAUUCUAGCAGCUGUGUUUAGCACUAACUGGAGUUUAUUUAGUGCUUUAUCCGGGUAGCUGGAGAGUAGAGCAUUGCAGUAGUCUAAUCUAGAAGUGACAAAAGCAUGGACGAGCUUUUCUGCAUCAUUUUUGGACAAAACUUUUCUGAUUUUUGCAAUGUUACGAAGAUGGAAAAAACCUGUCCUUGAAAUAUUCUUGAUAUGUUCGUCAAAAGAGAUAUCAGGGUCCAGAGUAAUGCCGAGGUCCUUCACAGUUUUAUUUUAAACGACUGUACAACAAUCAAGAUUAAUUGUCAGAUCCAACAGCAGAUCUCUUUGUUUCUUGGGACCUAGAACUAGCAUCUUUGUUUUGUACGAGUUUAAAUGUAAAACAUUUGCCGCCAUCCACUUCCUUAUGUCUGAAACACAGGCUUCCAGGGUAGGCAAUGUCGGGGCUUCACCAUGUUUAAUCGAAAUGUACAGCUGUGUGUCGUCCACAUAUCAGUGAAAGUUGACAUUGUGUGUUUCCGAAUGACAUCACCAAGAGGUAGAACAUAUAGUGAAAACAAUAGUUGUCCAAAAUCGAACCUUGAGGAACAUCGAAACGUACAAUUGAUUUGUCAGAGGACAAGCCAUCCACAGAGACGAACUGAUAUCUUUCUGACAGAUAAGAUCUAAACCAGGCAAGAACUUGUCCAUGUAGACCAAUUAGGGGUUCCAAUCUCUCCAAAAGGAUGUGGUGAUCGAUGGUGUCAAAAGCAGCACUAAGGUCUAGUAGCACGAGGACAGAUGCAGAGCCUUGGUCUGACGCCAUUAAAAGGUCAUUUGCCACCUUCACGAGUGCAGUCUCAGUGCUAUGAUGGGGUCUAAAACCAGACUGAAGCAUUUCGUAUGCAUUAUUUGUCUUCAGGAAGGCAGUGAGUUGCUGCGCAACAGAUUUUUCAAAAAGUUUUGAGAGGAAUGGGAGAUUUGUUACAGGCCGAUUCGUUUUUUAAAAACAUUUUCCAGGUGAACGUUUGGCUUUUUCAAGGGAGGCUUUAUUACUGCCAGGUUUAUUGAAUUUGGUACACAUCCAGUGGAUAGGGAGCCAUUUAUUAUGUUCAACAUAGGAGGGCCAAGCACAGGAAGUAGCUCUUUCAGUAGUUUAGUUUGGAAUAGGGUCCAGUAUGCAGCUUGAAGGUUUUGAGGCCAUUACUAUUUUCAUGAAUGUAUCAAGAGAUACAGGAUAAAAAAACUUGAGUGUCUCCAUUGAUCCCAGGUCCUGGCAGUUCUGUGCAGACUCAGGACAACUGAGCUUUGGAGAAAUACGCAGAUUCAAAGAGGAGUCUGUAAUUUGCUUUCUAAUGAUCAUGAUCUUUUCGUCAAAGAUGUUCAUGAAUUCGUCACUGCUGAAGUGAAAGCCAUCCUCUCUUGGGGAAUGCUGCUUUUUAGUUAGCUUUGCGACAGUAUCAAAAAUAAAUAUUGGAUUGUUGUUAUUCUUCUCAAUUAGGUUGGAAAAAUAGGAUGAUCGAGCAGCAGUGAGGGCUCUUUGAUAUUGCACGGUACUUUCUUUCCAAGCUAGUAGGAAGACUUCCAGUUUGGUGGAGCGCCAUUUCCGUUCAAAUUUUCUGGAAGCUUGCUUCAGGGCUCGAGUAUUUUCUCUAUACCAGGGAGCUAGUUUCUUGUGACAAAUGUUUUUUGUUUUUAGGGGUGCGACUGCAUCUAGGGUAUUACGCAAGGUUACAUUUAGAUCCUCAGUUAGGUCGUUAACUGAUUUUUGUACUCCGACGUCCUUGGGUAGGUGGAGGGAGUCUGGAAGGGCCUCUAGGAAUCUUUGGGUUGUCCAACAAUUUAUAGCACAUCUUUUGAUGAUCCUUGGUUGGGGUCUGAGAAGAUUAUUUGUUGCGAUUGCGAACGUAAUAAGAUUGUGGUCCGAUAGUCCAGGAUUAUAAGGAAAAACAAUUUGAUCCACAAUUUUUAUUCCACGGACAAAACUAGAUCCAGGGUAUGACUGUGGCAAUGAGUAGGUCCAGCGACAUGUUGGACAAAAUCCACUGAGUCGAUGAUGGCUCCAAAAGCCUUUUGGAGUGGGUCUGUGGAGUUUUCCAUGUGAAUAUUGAAGUCACCAAUUAUUUUUAUAUUAUCUGCCAUGACUACAAGGUCCGAUAGGAAUUCAAGGAUGAAUGCUGUAUACGACCCAGGAGGCCUGUAAACAGUAGCUAUAAAAAGUGAUUGAGUAGGCUGCAUAGAUUUCAUGACUAGAAGCUCAAAAGACAAAAACGCAGUCAUUUAUUUAAUUAUUUUUUUUUAAAUUUGCUGUCGUAAAUGUUAGCAACACCUCUGCCUUUGUGUGAUGCGCGGGGGAUAUGGUCACUAGUGUAACCAGGAGGAGAGGCCUCAUUUAACACAGUCAAUUCAUCAGGCUGGAGCCAUGUUUCAGUCAGGCCAAUCACAUCAAGAUUAUGAUCAGUGAUUAGUUCAUUGACUAUGAAUCCCUUGGAAGUGAGGGAUCUAACAUUAAGUAACCCUAUUUUGAGAUGUGAGAUAUCACAAUCUCUUUCAAUAAUGACAGGAAUGGAGGAGGUCUUUAUUCCAGUGAGAUUGCUAAGGCGAGCACCGCCAUGUUUAGUUUUGCCCAACCUAGAUCGAGGCACAGACACUGUCUCAAUGGGGAUAGCUGAGCUGACUACACUGACUGUGCUAGUGGCAGACUCCACUAAGCUGGCAGGCUGGCUAACAGCCUGCUGCCUGGCCUGCACCCUGUCUCAUUGGGGAGGCUAACAGCCUGCUGCCUGGCCUGCACCCUGUCUCAUUGGGCUGGCUAACAGCCUGCUGCCUGGCCUGCACCCUGUCUCAUUGGGGAGGCUAACAGCCUGCUGCCUGGCCUGCACCCUGUCUCAUUGGGGAGGCUAACAGCCUGCUGCCUGGCCUGCACCCUGUCUCAUUGUGGAGCUAGAGGAAUUAGAGCCCUGUCUAUGUUGGUAGAUAAGAUGAGAGCACCCCUCCAGCUAGGAUGGAGUCCAUCACUCCUCAGCAGGCCAGGCUUGGUCCUGUAGCACCCCUCCAGCUAGGAUGGAGUCCAUCACUCCUCAGCAGGCCAGGCUUGGUCCUGUAGCACCCCUCCAUCUAGGAUGGAGUCCGUCACUCCUCAGCAGGCCAGGCUUGGUCCUGUUUGUGGGUGAGUCACUGAAAGAGUGUCAAUUAUCUACAAAUUCUAUCUUUUGGGAGGGGCAGAAAGCUGUUUUCAAACAGUGAUUGAGUAGUGCGAGUCUGCUGUAGAACUCAUCACUCCCCCUAACUGGGAGGGGCCAGAGACAAUUACUCAAUGCCGACACAUCUUUCUAGCUAAUUUGCACGCUGAAGCUAUGUUGCGCUUGUUGACCUCUGACUGUUUCAUCCUAACAUUGUUGGUGCCGACAUGGAUAACAAUAUCCCUAUACUCUCUACACUCGCCAGUUUUAGCCUUAGCCAGCACCAUCUUCAGGUUAGCCUUUACGUCGGUAGCCCUGCCCCCUGGUAAACAGUGUAUGAUCGUUGGACGAUUGUUUUUAAGUCUAAUAUUGUGGGUAUUGGAGUCGCCAAUGACUAGGAUUUUUAAUUUGUCAGCACUAAUGGUGGAAGGCUUCGGUGGCUCAGACCCCGUAACGGGUGGAGGAGAGACCUGAGAAGGCGCGGCCUCUGACUCCGACUCGUUGCUUAAUGGAGAGAACCGGUUGAAAGUUUCUGUCGGCUGAAUGAGCGACACCGGUUGAGCAUGCUGACAGCAUUUCUUUCCAGAAGCCUUAAGAAAAUUGUCCGGCUGCGGGGACUGUGCGGGGGGGAUUUAUACUACUAUCUGUACUUACUGGUGUCACAGACGCUGUUUCAUCCUUUCCUACACUUACAUUGCCCUUGCCUAACGAUUGCAUCUGAAGCUGGGCUUGCAGCACGGCUAUCCUCACCAUAAGGGGAUAGUUCUCCUGCAUAUUAUGAGUACAGUGACUGCAAUUAGAUGGCAUAGUGUUAAUGUUACUACUUAGCUUUUUCAGCUGGUGGAGGUCCUGUAGAACCAUGUCCAGAUAAAGAGUCCUGUAGAACCAUGUCCAGAUAAAGGGUCCUGUAGAACCAUGUCCAGAUAAAGCCUCCUGUAGAACCAUGUCCAGAUAAAGCCUCCUGUAGAACCAUGUCCAGAUAAAGCCUCCUGUAGAACCAUGUCCAGAUAAAGGGUCCUGUAGAACCAUGUCCAGAUAAAGGGUCCUGUAGAACCAUGUCCAGAUAAAGGGUCCUGUAGAACCAUGUCCAGAUAAAGCCUCCUGUAGAACCAUGUCCAGAUAAAGCCUCCUGUAGAACCAUGUCCAGAUAAAGGGUCCUGUAGAACCAUGUCCAGAUAAAGGGUCCUGUAGAACCAUGUCCAGAUAAAGGGUCCUGUAGAACCAUGUCCAGAUAAAGGGUCCUGUAGAACCAUGUCCAGAUAAAGGGUCCUGUAGAACCAUGUCCAGAUAAAGGGUCCUGUGGAACCAUGUCCAGAUAAAGGGUCCUGUAGAACCAUGUCCAGAUUAAAAGUCCUGUAGAACCAUGUCCAGAUAAAGGGUCCUAUAGAACCAUGUCCAGAUAAAGGGUCCGGGGUGAAAAAGUUGAAUGAAAAAAGUUGAGCGAGGAAGAAACUAAGAUGUUGGUAAAUGUGUUAAAUGCAGAGUUUUGAUUAAAUGGUUAUUACAAGUAAAAACCGAAAAGUUUGUCAGGUAGCUAAGUAGCAACAAACAGCACAGCAGCUCAGAGACAAGUCUGGAAGUUGUAAUCAACCCAAGAACAAUGAAUACAGCUGGAAACAGACUGCUCUGAAGGCCAUUAUUUCAGCCCAGGGUGUGAGAACUAUCUGCCAUGCUGCUAAUUUCAUCUGAAGGCUGAAUGCUGGCGUUAGGGCUGUGGAGCUGUCUCUGUGUAUCUAGCUGGUCACUAAUGGGUUGUUUGUCAUUGCAGCCUGGGAGGAAGCCUUCGUAGAGUUCCAGAGGCUGAAGUAAGUUCACCAACUCUACACCAGCGUUCUUGGUCUCUUAUUAUGAAGCCAGACAGACAGAUGCAGUGUAUAUAGUUGUUGUUGUGACAUGUUCCUGACCCUGUGUCUGUCUCUCUGUCUGUCUUCCUCAGGGCUGCUGCCAUUGCAGAGAGAAGUGAGUGGUUAUUUAUAUUCUCCAAUAUUAUGAAACAUCUUCUCUUCCUGCUCUGGGCUGGUGGGAGGGGCUCUGAAUGUUACACUGUGUGUGUGUGUUAACACUGACCAUCCUGUAUUGCAGACCGUGCCCGCGUGGUGGGAGGUCUGCCAGAUGUGGUGACCAUCCAGGAGGGCAAGGUAACUAGGAUCCCUCUCACUCAAUUCAAAGGGCUUUAUUGGCAUGGGAAACAUAUGUUUACAAAGCCAAAGCAAGUUUCUCUCUCGCACGCUCACACUCUCUCUCUCUCUCGCUCACACUUUCUCUCUCUAUCUCUCUCUCACUUCCCACUUCUCUCUCUCUACCUCUCUCUCUCGCGCUCACACUCACUCUCUCUCUCUCUCUCUCUCUCUCUAUAUAUAUAUAUAUAUAUAUAUCUCUCGCUCGCUCUCUCACUUCCCACCUCUCCCUCUCUCGCGCUCACAACUCUCUCUCUCUAUAUAUAUAUAUCACUACUUCCCUCUUCUCAUCUCCUCCUCAUCUCUUCUCCUCUCUCCUUCUCUCUCUCCUCUCACUCCCUCUCCUCUCUCCUCUCUUAUAUCUCUAUUCUAUCAUAGUUUCUCUCUCUCUCGGUCUCUCUCCUUCUCUCUUCUCGGUCUCUCUUCUCUCUCUCUCCAUCUCUCUCUCUCCUCGUCUCUUUCUAUAUAUGUCUAUAUUGUUCUUCAUCUGCCUCCCCACUAGUCUCUAACCUGACUAUAUUAUGACCAAAUUAAGAUAUGAUAGAGAGAGAGCGAGGAUCUCACACGUUCACGUCCACUCUCUUUCUCGCUCUUUCCUGUCUCUCAUCUCCUCCACUCUCUCCCUCCCGCUCGUGUCUGUAUGAUUUGGUGAACAGAGGUUAAUUAUGCUGACAGUCAGCCUCCCACGUUCCCGUCUCUGAACCUGACAGGCAAUGUGUGGGGUGACCCCGCACCCGAGGUCACCUGGAUGAAGAACGACAGAGAGCUGGUGUCUGACGAACGUUACGCCCUCAAGUUUGAACACGGCAAGUUUGCCAGCAUCACCAUCGCCUCAGUAACCACGACCGACUCAGGGAAGUAUGCACUCCUGGUGAAGAACAAGUAUGGAACCGAGGCAGGAGAGUUCACUGUGUCUGUCUACUUCCCAGAGGAUGAGAAGAAAACAGAGUAGAGGAGGAUGGAGUUGGGAUGGAGUUGGGAUGGAGUUGGGAUGGAGUUGGGAUGGGGGGAUAGAUGGAGGAGUAGUUAUAACAGGCUGAAGGAUGACAGGGCGACCUCCAAAGCUCUUUACCCCAGUGCAUGAUGGUAAACAGAGAACAGGCUGGAAGCAUUCAGGAGAUGACAAAGAUUUGUUGCUGAGAGGUCUUGGUACAUAUCCUUCUGCUGUCAUGUUGAAACCAGAAGCCCCCAGGGCAUCAUGUCUAUACUGAUGUGUUGAAUCUAAAUGAUGAACCUGGGAAGAAUGAAGGAUUGCUCUCCAUCUGUCUCUGUCAGGCACUGGGAUGAACAGCUGGGAGGAUAAUAUAGUUGAGUAGAAAGCAUAGUGUUAUACUCUGCUGUUGAUGUUGCUUGGUUUGUGGUCUUUGUAGAUGUAAGGAUGUUUUGGUCCAACCAGGAGAUGGUUGACUUGUCUGUCUGCUGCUUUCAGAUAAACACGCUGUUACUCACUUCCCAUGUUAGUAGACCAUUACUUUGGGUUAAACUUUAGAAAUACAUUGGGCUAAACUUUGAACUCUGACUGUAACUUGCCAAUAUGUAGAAGUGUUAGACAACCACAACAUAUAUUACAGCAGAGGUCAGAGGUUAGAGAUCAGAGGAGACUGGAGGGUUGAGGAAGCAGAGGCAUUAAAGGCCCAGCAGGCAGUCUGUGUGUACAUCCCAAAUUGCACCCUAUUCCCCAUUGGCCCUGGUCAAAAGUAGUGCACUGUAUAGGGAAUAGUGAGCCAUUUGGGAUGGUGUUUCUGUAUAGCCCUGUAUCUCUAGUGUGUUCAUGUGAAACUAGUUCUGUCUGUCUGACAGCCUCAGGCCUGGAUACAUAACACAUUGACACAAUGGAGUGCGCGCGCACACACACACACACACACACACACAUACACACACACAUACACACACACACACACACACAAACACGUAACUCAACAUAAACUAUAUACUUCUAGAGGCAUUUACUACCAGUUUGUCCAUAGAAUUUCUGUAGGUUGACAUGACACAGAAGGAAGGAAGGAAGGAAGGAAGGAAGGAAGGAAGGAAGGAAGGAAGGUGGAGUUAGGCUACAGAUGGUGACAGAACACAUAACAAUGUCAAAGUUCACUGUGAGAGCUACUUUAUGAAAUGUGUUUUGUGUUCAUUGAAAGUAAUAACCUACUGUCCUCCUCAUGACUCUGGUCCCUGUGUUAAUAAAGGUGCUUUACUCACGGUCUCUCCUCCUUAUCUUCAUACAAUAGUAGAUGGAUGUUAGUAUUGAUUGUAUCACUCAACUACUGUAACCAAGUCCACUCAGGACAGAACUGUCUGUUCGUCAUAAUAAGCAGGAUGUUUUCAUGUUAUGAAUAUGAGGCAGCGGAGAACGACUGCCCCUGCUGGCUGACCGCGGUACUGCUGGCACUGUAUGCAGAAAAUAGGAUCACCAAUUAUAGUGAAUGGAAAAAUUGAGAUCUUCAUGGUCAGUCUCUGUGUAAAUAAACAAAUGUCUCAAAGGCAAUCAUGGUACCAAUAAUUGCUUCUAAGACACAAGAUGUACUGUAUGUUCUUGAAGUGAUUAUUUUUAAAUCGCACACAGAAGAAGUUAAGGAUAAUUUAGUUUCUAAUGGAAGCCUGCAGUACCCUGGUUGGCCUUCAACUAGACUCACUCAAUGAGAGGGGGCAGCACUGAGCUAGCCUGCAACAUCACUUCAUGGAGUAGCUCAAACUGGGCAUGUUAUGUCUCCAUGAGACAUCAUCUUAAAGAUGAAGUCCGGAUCUUAAGCACAACAAAUUCGUAAUAUAUGGUACUAAUUGGAUUCGUAACGUAUCAUACAAAUUACACAACAACAAAAAAUACAUAUAUGAAAUGUAUGAUGACGUAGUACACAGAAACCAGGGACUCGUUUUGGCUCGUUUUGGCUCGUGAGCACCACUUUCAAAACUACUGGCUGAAAUUAUACAAACGUUCUGGAGUAUCACUUUAACCAACUUAAUUUGGCUUAUUGAGACUUCACAUAGAAAUGAAUGGUGUCACUUGAUCAAUGGCUUUGUCCAUUCAUAUACUGUAUGUAGUCAUUGAUGUGAGGUCAUGGACUGUUACAAAAUAUAAAUACUUUUUUCACCUUCAUGGCUUUUCCAUAAAGUCACAUGACAUUGUCACAUAGCUGCAGCUGGUAGCCCUGCUGUUGUGUUCUGUUGUUCUUUUGGGUUCUGUUGCAUUCUGUUGUUCUGUUCUGUUCUGUUGUGUUCUGUUGUGUUCUGUUCUGUUCUGGAGUCUGUUGUGUUCUGUUGUUCUUUUGGGUUCUGUUGCAUUCUGUUGUGUUGUUUUCUGUUGUUCUGUUGUUCUGUUGUUGUGUUCUGUUCUGGGGUCUGUUGUGUUCUGUUCUGUUCACCGGACGAGCUACCUUGUCCCAGACCUUCUGUUUUCAACUCUCUCUCUCUCUACCGCACCUGCUAUUUCAACCUCUAAAUGCCCGGCUAUGAAAAGCCAAGUGACAUUUACUCCUGAUGUACUGACCUGUUGCAACCUCUACAACCACUGUGAUUAUUAUUUGACCCUGCUGGUCAUCUAUGAACGUUUGAACAUCUUGAAGAACAAUUUGGCCUUAAUGGCCAUGUACUCAUAAUCUUCACCCGGCAUAGCCAGAAGAGGACUGGCCACCCCUCAGAGCCUGGUUCCUCUCUAGGUUUCUUCCUAGGUUCCUGCCUUUCUAGGGAGAUUUUCUUAGCCACCGUGCUUCUACAUCUGCAUUGCUUUCUGUUUGGGGUUUUAGGCUGGGUUUCUGUAUAGAACUUUGUGACAUCUACUGAUGUAAAAAGGCCUUUAUAAAUACAUUUGAUUGAUUGAUUGUGUUGUGUUCUUUUGGGUUCUAUUGUGUCCUGUUGCUCUGCUCUGUUGUGUUGUGUGUGUUCUGUUGUGUUCUGUUCUGUUCUGGGUUGUGUUGUUGUGUUGUGUGUUCUGUUCUGGGUUGUGUUGUGUGUGUGUUCAGUUUUGUUGUGUGUGUUCUGUUCUGUUGUGUUGUAGGUGUGCUGUGUUGUGCUGUUCUGUAGUGACUGUAUAUAUGAAUGGACAAAGCAAUCGAUCACAUGACACCAUUAAUUCCUAUGUGAAGACUCAAUAGCGCAUUGAAGCCAAAUGAAGUCGGUUAAGAUGGCAUCUCAAAACAUGCAGGCUAGCUCAGUGCUGCCCCCUCUCAUUGAGUAAAUCAAGUUGAAGACAGACCGGGGUACUGCAGGCUGCCAUUAGCAACAAAAUGAUCCUUAUCACUUCUUCUGUGCUUGAUUUUAAAAUAAUCAGUUCAAGGACAUACACUACUGUUCAAAAGUUUGGGGUCACUUAGAAAUGUCCUUGUUUUCGAAAGAAAAGCACUUUUUGUGUCCAUUAAAAUAACAUUACAUUUAUCAGAAAUAAAGUGUAGACAUUGUUAAUGUUGUAAAUGGCUAUUGUAGCUGGAAAUGGCUGAUUUUUAAUGGAAUAUCUACAUAGGCGUACAGAGGCCCAUUAUCAGCAACCAUCAGUCAUGUGUUCCAAUGGCACGUUGUGUUUGCUAAUCCAAGUUUAUCAUUUUAAAAGGCUAAUUGAUCAUUAGAAAACCCUUUUGUAAUUAUGUUAGCACAGCUGAAAACUGUUGUGCUGAUUAAAGAAGCAAUAAAACUGGCCUUCUUGAGACUAGUUGAGUAUCUGGAGCAUUAGCAAUUGUGGGUUCAAUUACAGGCUCAAAAUGGCCAGAAACAAAGAACUUUCUUCUGAAACUCAUCAGUUUAUUCUUGUUCUGAGAAAUGAAGGCUAUUCCAUGCGAGAAAUUGCCAAGAAACUGAAGAUUUCGUACAACGCUGUGUACUACUCCUUUCACAGAACAGUGCGAACUGUCUCGAACCAUUUAUUAAAGAUGCGUGCGCACAAAAAAGACUGAACCUUGCGUGGGCCAGUUUUCCUGCAAAGGUUGGUACAGUGAGGGGAAAAAGUAUUUGAUCCCCUGCUGAUUUUGAUGUUUGCCCACUGACAAAGACAUGAUCAGUCUAUAAUUUUAAUGGUAGGUUUAUUUGAACAGUGAGAGACAGAAUAACAACAACAAAAUCCAGAAAAACGCAUGUCAAAAAUGUUAUAAAUUGAUUUGCAUUUUAAUGAGCUGAAUUGCUCAUUAAAAUGCAAUUUUAAUUGCAAAAUGUAAUUGCUGAAUUUCUGUAGUUCAAUACUUCCUAUGGGGAUACAAUUGAUAGUGCAGCUUAAAAAUGUAUACUGAACAAAAAUAUAAACGCAACAAUUUCUGAGAUUUGACUGAGUUACUGUUCAUACAAGGAAAUCAGUCAAUUGAAAUAAAUUCAUUAGGCCCUAAUCUAUGAAUUUCACGUGACUGGGCAGGGGCGCAGCCAUGGGUGGGCCUGGGCGGGCAUAGGCCCACCCACUGGGGAACCAGGCCCAGCCAAUAUUCUCUAAAACGACAUUGGAGGGGGCUUACAGUAGAGAAAUUAACAUUAAAUGAUCUGGCAACAGCUCUGUUGGACAUUCCUGUAGUCAGCAUGCCAAUUUCACAUUCCCUCAAAACUUGAGAUAUCUGUGCCAUUGUGUUGUGACAAAACUGCACAUUUUAGAAUGGCCUUUUAUUGUCCCCAGCAUAAGGUGCACCUGUGUAAUGAUCAUGCUGUAUAAUCAGCUUCUUGAUAUGCCACACCUGUCAAGUGGAUGGAUUAUCUUGGCAAAGGAGAAAUGCUCACCAACAGGGAUGUAAACAAAUGUAUGUACAACAUUUGAGAUAAGCUUUUUGUGAGUAUGGAACAUUUCUGGGAUAUUUUAUUUCAGCUCAUGAAACAUGGGACCAACACUUAACAUGUUGCAUUUAUAUUUUUGAUCAGUAUUUAUGGCAAGGUAAAAUGAAUACAUUUACAAAAAGAGGGAAAUAUGUAGGAGGACUACAUACCAAACUUUAAAUUGUAUUUCCAGGCUCUAUCAUUUCGCCCCAUCCUACAUUUUACAUUACAUUUACAUUUACGUCAUUUAGCAGACGCUCUUAUCCAGAGCGACUUACAAAUUGGUGCAUUCACCCUAUAGCCAGUGGGAUAACCACUUUACAAUUAAAAAAAAAAAAAUAAUUGGGGGGGGGGGGUAGAAGGAUUACUUUAUCCUAUCCCAGGUAUUCCUUAAAGAGGUGGGGUUUCAAAUGUCUCCGGAAGGUGGUGAGUGACUCCGCUGUCCUGGCAUCGUGAGGGAGCUUGUUCCACCAUUGGGGUGCCAGAGCAGCGAACAGUUUUGACUGGGCUGAGCGGGAACUAUGCUUCCGCAGAGGAAGGGGAGCCAGCAGGCCAGAGGUGGAUGAACGCAAUGCCCUCGUUUGGGUGUAGGGACUGAUCAGAGCCUGAAGGUACGGAGGUGCCGUUCCCCUCACUGCUCCAUAGGCAAGCACCAUGGUCUUGUAGCAGAUGCGAGCUUCAACUGGAAGCCAGUGGAGUGUGCGGAGGAGGGGGGUGACGUGAGAGAAAUUGGGAAGGUUGAACACCAGACGGGCUGCGGCAUUCUGGAUGAGUUGUAGGGGUUUAAUGGCACAGGCAGGGAGCCCAGCCAACAGCGAGUUGCUGUUGGCUGAUUUAGACAUGAUUAUUUUGCCCCCUGGCUGAGUAUAGAGAGAAAUAUGGUGUCUCCUAUUGACCUGGAAGAGGUGGUCUCCACUGAUAUAUCCCUUAAACAAUGUAAUAUGGUGUCUCCUAUUGAUCUGGAAGAGGUGGUCUCCACUGAUAUAUCCCUUAAACAAUAUAAUAUGGUGUCUCCUAUUGAUCUGGAAGAGGUGGUCUCCACUGAUAUAUCCCUUAAACAAUGUAAUAUGGUGUCUCCUAUUGACCUGGAAGAGGUGGUCUCCACUGAUAUAUCCCUUAAACAAUGUAAUAUGGUGUCUCCUAUUGAUCUGGAAGAGGUGGUCUCCACUGAUAUAUCCCUUAAACAAUGUAAUAUGGUGUCUCCUAUUGACCUGGAAGAGGUGGUCUCCACUGAUAUAUCCCUUAAACAAUGUAAUAUGGUGUCUCCUAUUGAUCUGGAAGAGGUGGUCUCCACUGAUAUACAGUGGGGAAAAAAAGUAUUUAGUCAGCCACCAAUUGUACAAGUUCUCCCACUUAAAAAGAUGAGAGAGGCCUGUAAUUUUCAUCAUAGGUACACGUCAACUAUGACAGACAAAUUGAGAAAAAAAAAUCCAGAUAAUCCAAUUGUAGGAUUUUUAAUGAAUUUAUUUGCAAAUUAUGGUGGAAAAUAAGUAUUUGGUCACCUACAAACAAGCAAGAUUUCUGGCUCUCACAGACCUGUAACUUCUUCUUUAAGAGGCUCCUCUGUCCUCCACUCGUUACCUGUAUUAAUGGCACCUGUUUGAACUUGUUAUCAGUAUAAAAGACACCUGUCCACAACCUCAAACAGUCACACUCCAAACUUCACAAUGGCCAAGACCAAAGAGCUGUCAAAGGACACCAAAAACAAAAUUGUAGACCUGCACCAGGCUGGGAAGACUGCAUCUGCAAUAGGUAAGCAGCUUGGUUUGAAGAAAUCAACUGUGGGAGCAAUUAUUAGGAAAUGGAAGACAUACAAGACCACUGAUAAUCUCCCUCGAUCUGGGGCUCCACGCAAGAUCUCAUCCUGUGGGGUCAAAAUGAUCACAAGAACGGUGAGCAAAAAUCCCAGAACCACACGGUGGGACCUAGUGAAUGACCUGCAGAGAGCUGGGACCAAAGUAAUAAAGCCUACCAUCAGUAACACACUACGCCGCCAGGGACUCAAAUCCUGCAGUGCGAGACGUGUCCCCCUGCUUAAGCCAGUACAUGUCCAGGCCCGUCUGAAGUGCAUUUGGAUGAUCCAGAAGAGGAUUGGGAGAAUGUCAUAUGGUCAGAUGAAACCAAAAUAUAACUUUUUGGUAAAAACUCAACUCGUCAUGUUUGGAGGACAAAGAAUGCUGAGUUGCAUCCAAAGAACACCAUACCUACUGUGAAGCAUGGGGUUGGAAACAUCAUGCUUUGGGGCUGUUUUUCUGCAAAGGGACCAGGACGACUGAUCCGUGUAAAGGAAAGAAUGAAUGGGGCCAUGUAUCGUGAGAUUUUGAGUGAAACCCUCCUUCCAUCAGCAAGGGCAUUGAAGAUGAAACGUGGCUGGGUCUUUCAGCAUGACAAUGAUCCCAAACACACCGCCCGGGCAACGAAGGAGUGGCUUCGUAAGAAGCAUUUCAAGGUCCUGGAGUGGCCUAGCCAGUCUCCAGAUCUCAACCCCAUAGAAAAUCUUUGGAGGGAGUUGAAAGUCUGUGUUGCCCAGCGACAGCCCCAAAACAUCACUGCUCUAGAGGAGAUCUGCAUGGAGGAAUGGGCCAAAAUACCAGCAACAGUGUGUGAAAACCUUGUGAAGACUUACAGAAAACGUUUGACAUGUGUCAUUGCCAACAAAGGGUAUAUAACAAAGUAUUGAGAAACUUUUGUUAUUGACCAAAUACUUAUUUUCAACCAUCAUAUGCCAAUAAAUUCAUUAAAAAUCCUACAAUGUGAUUUUCUGGAUUUUUUUUCCUCAUUUUGUCUGUCAUAGUUGACGUGUACCUAUGAUGAAAAUUACAGGCCUCUCUCAUCUUUUUAAGUGGGAGAACUUGCACAAUUGGUGGCUGACUAAAUACUUUUUUUCCCCACUGUAUCCCUUAAACAAUGUAAUAUGGUGUCUCCUAUUGCCCUGGAAGAGGUGGUCUCCACUGAUAUAUCCCUUAAACAAUGUAAUAUGGUGUCUCCUAUUGAUCUGGAAGAGGUGGUCUCCACUGAUAUAUCCCUUAAACAAUGUAAUAUGGUGUCUCCUAUUGGUCACUGAUAUAUCCCUUAAACAAUGUAAUAUGGUGUCUCCUAUUGAUCUGGAAGAGGUUGUCUCCACUGAUAUAUCCCUUAAACAAUAUAAUAUGGUGUCUCCUAUUGAUCUGGAAGAGGUGGUCUCCACUGAUAUAUCCCUUAAACAAUGUAAUAUGGUGUCUCCUAUUGAUCUGGAAGAGGUGGUCUCCACUGAUAUAUCCCUUAAACAAUGUAAUAUGGUGUCUCCUAUUGAUCUGGAAGAGGUGGUCUCCACUGAUAUAUCCUUAAACAAUGUAAUAUGGUGUCUCCUAUUGAUCUGGAAGAGGUGGUCUCCACUGAUAAAUCCCUUAAACAAUGUAAUAUGGUGUCUCCUAUUGCCCUGGAAGAGGUGGUCUCCACUGAUAUAUCCUUAAACAAUAUAAUAUGGUGUCUCCUAUUGAUCUGGAAGAGGUGGUCUCCACUGAUAUAUCCCUUAAACAAUGUCAUAUGGUGUCUCCUAUUGACCUGGAAGAGGUGGUCUCCACUGAUAUAUCCCUUAAACAAUGUAAUAUGGUGUCUCCUGUAGCCCUGGAAGAGGUAGUCUCCACUUAUAUAUCCCUUAAACAAUGUAAUAUGGUGUCUCCUAUUGAUCUGGAAGAGGUGGUCUCCACUGAUAUAUCCCUUAAACAAUGUAAUAUGGUGUCUCCUAUUGAUCUGGAAGAGGUGGUCUCCACUGAUAUAUCCCUUAAACAAUGUAAUAUGGUGUCUCCUGUUGCCCUGGAAGAGGUGGUCUCCACUGAUAUAUCCCUUAAACAAUGUAAUAUGGUGUCUCCUAUUGAUCUGGAAGAGGUGGUCUCCACUGAUAUAUCCCUUAAACAAUGUAAUAUGGUGUCUCCUAUUGACCUGGAAGAGGUGGUCUCCACUGAUAUAUCCCUUAAACAAUGUCAUAUGGUGUCUCCUAUUGACCUGGAAGAGGUUGUCUCCACUGAUAUAUCCCUUAAACAAUGUAAUAUGGUGUCUCCUAUUGGUCACUGAUAUAUCCCUUAAACAAUGUAAUAUGGUGUCUCCUAUUGAUCUGGAAGAGGUGGUCUCCACUGAUAAAUCCCUUAAACAAUGUAAUAUGGUGUCUCCUAUUGAUCUGGAAGAGGGGGUCUCCACUGAUAUAUCCCUUAAACAAUGUAAUAUGGUGUCUCCUAUUGAUCUGGAAGAGGUGGUCUCCACUGAUAUAUCCCUUAAACAAUGUAAUAUGGUGUCUCCUAUUGAUCUGGAAGAGGUGGUCUGCACUGAUAUAUCCCUUAAACAAUGUAAUAUGGUGUCUCCUGUUGCCCUGGAAGAGGUGGUCUCCACUGAUAUAUCCCUUAAACAAUGUAAUAUGGUGUCUCCUGUUGACCUGGAAGAGGUGGUCUCCACUGAUAUAUCCCUUAAACAAUGUAAUAUGGUGUCUCCUGUUGACCUGGAAGAGGUGGUCUCCACUGAUAUAUCCCUUAAACAAUGUCAUAUGGUGUCUCCUAUUGCCCUGGAAGAGGUGGUCUCCACUGAUAUAUCCCUUAAACAAUGUAAUAUGGUGUCUCCUAUUGAUCUGGAAGAGGUGGUCUCCACUGAUAUAUCCCUUAAACAAUGUAAUAUGGUGUCUCCUAUUGGUCACUGAUAUAUCCCUUAAACAAUGUAAUAUGGUGUCUCCUGUUGACCUGGAAGAGGUGGUCUCCACUGAUAUAUCCCUUAAACAAUGUAAUAUGGUGUCUCCUAUUGAUCUGGAAGAGGUGGUCUCCACUGAUAUAUCCCUUAAACAAUGUAAUAUGGUGUCUCCUAUUGACCUGGAAGAGGUGGUCUCCACUGAUAUAUCCCUUAAACAAUAUAAUAUGGUGUCUCCUAUUGACCUGGAAGAGGUGGUCUCCACUGAUAUAUCCCUUAAACAAUGUCAUAUGGUGUCUCCUAUUGAUCUGGAAGAGGUGGUCUCCACUGAUAUAUCCCUUAAACAAUGUAAUAUGGUGUCUCCUAUUGCCCUGGAAGAGGUGGUCUCCACUGAUAUAUCCCUUAAACAAUGUAAACUAUGCUUUGGUCCUAGUAUUGCUCACAACAUUUAUAUUUGGCGCAAAAUUUAAAAACAAUGUAACUGGGAAUCAAAAUGGCACGUCCAUACUCCAAUAUUUGUCAUCAAUGCCUUGCGAUCUGGAGGGCAGCCUUUUGCCCCCAAUGGUCCAAAUGUGGAAACCGUACUCUUACCGAUAUCAUGGACAGUAAUGGUUUGAGAACAUGCCAAGAUUUUAAAGAUACAUACACAUUACCAGGCUACAAAUGUUUUCAAUAUUCACAAUUUAGGUCAUCUAUGCUGGCCUAUGGAAUCUCUUCGGUAACAUAACUACCGAAAUAUCCAAUGAUGGGAUUUAUAAAUAUAUUAUCUGGGCUCCCAAAAGGACUGAUCUGAUAUAUAUAUAUAUAUACAGUGGGGAGAACAAGUAUUUGAUACACUGCCGAUUUUGAAGGUUUUCCUACUUACAAAGCAUGUAGAGGUCUGUCAUUUUUAUCAUAGGUACACUUCAACUGUAAGAAUCCAGAAAAUCACAUUGUAUGAUUUUUAAGUAAUUAAUUUGCAUUUUAUUGCAUGACAUAAGUAUUUGAUACAUCAGAAAAGCAUAACUUAAUAUUUGGUAAAGAAACCUUUGUUUACAAUUACAGAGAUCAUAUGUUUCCUGUAGGUCUUGACCAGGUUUGCACACACUGCAGCAGGGAUUUUGGCCCACUCCUCCAUACAGACCUUCUCCAGAUCCUUCAGGUUUCGGGGCUGUCGCUGGGCAAUACGGACUUUCAGCUCCCUCCAAAGAUUUUCUAUUGGGUUCAGGUCUGGAGACUGGCUAGGCCACUCCAGGACCUUGAGAUGCUUUUUACGGAGCCACUCCUUAGUUGCCCUGGCUGUGUGUUUCGGGUCGUUGUCAUGCUGGAAGACCCAGGCACGACCCAUCUUCAAUGCUCUUACUGAGGGAAGGAGGAUGUUGGCCAAGAUCUCGCGAUACAUGGCCCCAUCCAUCCUCCCCUCAAUACGGUGCAGUUGUCCUGUCCCCUUUGCAGAAAAGCAUUCCCAAAGAAUGAUGUUUCCACCUCCAUGCUUCACGGUUGGGAUGGUGUUCUUGGGGUUGUACUCAUCCUUCUUCUUCCUCCAAACACGGUGAGUGGAGUUUAGACCAAAAAGCUCUAUAUUUGUCUCAUCAGACCACAUGACCUUCUCCCAUUCCUCCUCUGGAUCAUCCAGAUGGUCAUUGGCAAACUUCAGACGGGCCUGGACAUGCGCUGGCUUGAGCAGGGGGACCUUGCGUGCGCUGCAGGAUUUUAAUCCAGAACGGCGUAGUGUGUUACUAAUGGUUUUCUUUGAGACUGUGGUCCCAUCUCUCUUCAGGUCAUUGACCAGGUCCUGCCGUGUAGUUCUGGGCUGAUCCCUCACCUUCCUGAAAGUCUGUAUUGCCCAGCGACAGCCCCGAAACCUGAAGGAUCUGGAGAAGGUCUGUAUGGAGGAGUGGGCCAAAAUCCCUGCUGCAGUGUGUGCAAACCUGGUCAAGACCUACAGGAAACGUAUGCUCUCUGUAAUUGCAAACAAAGGUUUCUGUACCAAAUAUUAAGUUAUGCUUUUCGGAUGUAUCAAAUACUUAUGUCAUGCAAUGAAAUGCAAAUUAAUUACUUAAAAAAUCAUACAAUGUGAUUUUCUGGAUUUUUGUUUUAGAUUCCGUCUCUCACAGUUGAAGUGUACCUAUGAUAAAAAUGACAGACCUCUACAUGCUUUGUAAGUAAGAAAAAACCUGCAAAAUGGGCAGUGUAUCAAAUACUUGUUCUCCCCACUGUGUAUAAAUAUAUACAGUUAUAUAUACAGUUGAAGUCAGAAGGUUACAUACACCUUAGCCAAAUAAAUUUCAACUCAGUUUUUCACAAUUCCUGACAUUUAAUCCUAGUAAAAAUUCCCUGUCUUAGGUCAGUUAGGAUCACCACUUUAUUUUAAGAAUGUGAAAUGUCAGAAUAAUAGUAGAGAGAACGAUUUAUUUCAGAUUUUAUUUCUUUCAUCACAUUCCUGGUGGGUCAGAAGUUUACAUACACUCAAUUAGUAUUUGGUAGCAUUGCCUUUAAAUUGUUUAACUUGGGUCAAACGUUUCGGGUAGCCUUCCACAAGCUUCCCACAAUAAGUUGGGUGAAUUCUGGCCCAUUCCUCCUGACAGAGCUGGUGUAACUAAGUAAGGUUUGUAGGCCUCCUUGCUCGCACAAGCUUUUUCAGUUCUGCCCACAGAUUUUCUAUAGGAUUGAGGUCAGGGCUUUGUGAUGGCCACUCGAAUACGUUGACUUUGUUGUCCUUAAGCAAUUUUGCCACAACUUUGGAAGUAUUUUAUUUAACCUUUAUUUAACUAGGCAUGUCAGUUAAGAACUAAUUCCUAUUUACAACGACGCUUGUAUGCUUGGGGUCAUUGUCCAUUUGGAAGACCCAUUUGCGACCAAGCUUUAACUUCCUGACUGAUGUCUUGAGAUGUUGCUUCAAUAUAUCCACAUAAUUUUCCUUCCUCAUGAUGCCAUCUAGUUUGUGAAGUGCACCAGACCCUCCUGCAGUAAAGCACCCCCACAGCAUGAUGCUGCCACCCCCGUUCUUCACGGUUGGGAUGGUGUUCUUCGGCUUGCAAGCCUUCCCCCUUUUUCCUCCAAACAUAAUGAUGGUCAUUUAGGCCAAACAGUUCUAUUUUUGUUUCAUCAGAAAUAGAACUGUGCAGACUACGGUUUGGAUAAAGUAAUCCUUCCCCCCCCCCCCCCCCAAAAAAAAACAAACAAUGUAAAGUGGUUAUCCCACUGGCUAUAAGGUGAAUGCACCUAUUUGUAAGUCGCUAAAUCUGCUAAAUGACUGCUAAAUGACGUAAAUGUAAAUGUAAAUGUAUUUCUGAUCAAUUUGAUGUUAUUUUAAUGGACAAAAAAAAUGUUUUUCUUUCGAAAACAAGGACCUUUUUAAGUGACCACAAACUUUGGAAUAUAUAGAUAUAUACCUAAAAAUGUAUAUACAAAUAUUGUAUUUUUCUAUUCUCAUAGUUUUUUAUAUGUUGACUUAUAAAAAACAAUUUGAAACCUAUAGUUAAAGAUUUUCUUUUGUUGAGGUUACUUUCUCAGAACAUUCACUUUUCUUAUAAUAUUCUUAGAUGACUCAUAUAAUAAAUCAUACCAAGCCAGAGCCAGCUACAGUAACCACUGCUAUAUGUGUGUCGUGAACAGUUGCAAUUCUAGCAUGUAAAUGUUGGUGGGGAAAACUUUUUUUUAAUGCAUGCCAGCAAAGCCACUACACAACACAACACAACACAAUACAUGAAUUGCACUAUAACGGUGACAAACGGUGCCCACAAACUGUUAGGGCCUCCAUAAAGCUGUCCCAACAGCAGAGUCCCAACAGCAGAGUCCCAACAGCAGAGUCCCAACAGCAGAGUCCCAACAGCAGAGUCCCAACAGCAGAGUCCCAACAGCAGAGUCCCAACAGCAGAGUCCCAACAGCAGAGUCCCAACACCUUACCACUGCUACACCCGGCUAUCAGCGGAGCCUUGUCUGGCAGCGAAACAGUUCAUUCAGCCUCAUUUACUGCCUUUUUAAAACCAAAGCUGAUCUGACUGACUUGAUUAAAUAAAUAUGGUUUCUACUGACUCCUUGUGGAUUUGUGUAAGUCGAUAAGAACCUCAUUCUCCUCCAAUAAUAAUGAACGCCGACAUGAGUUUUGAGUUUUGAACCAUAAACAAACAUUAUUACGUUUAUGUUCAGUAAAUUAAUCAUGUUUGUUCUUAUAUCAUAUCUCUAAGUAUAAGCAAGUGCAAGCAAACGAGCUGCGAUGAGGAAGGAUUAUUAGUUCAGAUAGAUGGUAGUUCAGAUAGAUGGUAGUUCAGAUAGAUGGUAGUUCAGAUAGAAGGUAGUUCAGAUAGAUGGUAGUUCAGAUAGAUGGUAGUUCAGAUAGAUGGUAGUUCAGAUAGAUGGUAGUUCAGAUAGAUGGUAGUUCAUAUAGAUGGUAGUUCAGAUAGAUGGUAGUUCAGAUAGAUGGUAGUUCAGAUAGAUGGUAGUUCAGAUAGAUGGUAGUUCAGAUAGAUGGUAGUUCAGAUAGAUGGUAGUUCAGAUAAAAUCAGCAAGAUGUUGAGGCCUUAACUUAGCUCUUCUUUCAGUCACCACACACAGAGAGAGAGAGAGAGAGACGAGGUUAGCCUAACAUUUGAAGUAUUUCAUUAGGCCUGUGUGGUCUAAAAUGGAAGGAAAAUACUGUCACCAGGAUCCACUUUUAUAGACAAUAUACCCACACACAGACAGCACAUUGAUCAAACAUAACGACCCUCACAAUAUCAACUGGAAUUACCUGGAUCUAUUACUCAGCGCAUUGAGCAAACAUAACGACCCUCACAAUAUCAACUGGAAUUACCUGGAUCUAAGAGACUGUCACUGGCAAACAUGGUUACAGACCCAACAACAUUAUCUAGUAUCCCCUCCUCAUGGUUACAGACCCAACAACAUUAUCUAGUAUCCCCUCCUCAUGGUUACAGACCCAACAACAUUAUCUAGUAUCCCCUCCUCAUGGUUACAGACCCAACAACAUUAUCUAGUAUCCCCUCCUCAUGGUUACAGACCCAACAACAUUACUAGUAUCCCCUCCUCAUGGUUACAGACCCAACAAACAUUAUCUAGUAUCCCCUCCUCAUGGUUACAGACCCAACAACAUUAUCUAGUAUCCCCUCCUCAUGGUUACAGACCCAACAACAUUAUCUAGUAUCCCCUCCUCAUGGUUACAGACCCAACAACAUUAUCUAGUAUCCCCUCCUCAUGGUUACAGACCCAACAACAUUAUCUAGUAUCCCCUCCUCAUGGUUACAGACCCAACAACAUUAUCUAGUAUCCCCUCCUCAUGGUUACCAGACCCAACAACAUUAUCUAGUAUCCCCUCCUCAUGGUUACAGACCCAACAACAUUAUCUAGUAUCCCCUCCUCAUGGUUACAGACCCACAACAUAUCUAUAUCCCUCCUCAGUAUCCCCUCCUCAUGGUUACAGACCCAACAGCAUUAUCUAGUAUCCCCUCCUCAUGGUUACAGACCCAACAACAUUAUCUAGUAUCCCCUCCUCAUGGUACAGACCCAACAACAUUAUCUAGUAUCCCCUCCUCAUGGUUACAGACCCAACAACAUUAUCUAGUAUCCCCUCCUCAUGGUUACAGACCCAACAACAUUAUCUAGUAUCCCCUCCUCAUGGUUACAGACCCAACAACAUUAUCUAGUAUCCCCUCCUCAUGGUUACAGACCCAACAACAUUAUCUAGUAUCCCCUCCUCAUGGUUACAGACCCAAACAUUAUAUAUCCCCUCAUGGUUACAGACCCAACAACAUUAUAUAGUAUCCCCUCCUCAUGGUUACAGACCCAGCAACAUUAUCUAGUAUCCCCUCCUCAUGGUUACAGACCCAACAACAUUAUCUAGUAUCCCCUCCUCAUGGUUACAGACCCAACAACAUUAUCUAGUAUCCCCUCCUCAUGGUUACAGACCCAACAACAUUAUCUAGUAUCCCCUCCUCAUGGUUACAGACCCAACAACAUUAUCUAGUAUCCCCUCCUCAUGGUUACAGACCCAACAACAUUAUCUAGUAUCCCCUCCUCAUGGUUACAGACCCAACAACAUUAUCUAGUAUCCCCUCCUCAUGGUUACAGACCCAACAGCAUUAUCUAGUAUCCCCUCCUCAUGGUUACAGACCCAACAGCAUUAUCUAGUAUCCCCUCCUCAUGGUUACAGACCCAACAACAUUAUCUAGUAUCCCCUCCUCAUGGUUACAGACCCAACAACAUUAUCUAGUAUCCCCUCCUCAUGGUUACAGACCCAACAACAUUAUAUAGUAUCCCCUCCUCAUGGUUACAGACCCAACAACAUUAUCUAGUAUCCCCUCCUCAUGGUUACAGACCCAACAACAUUAUCUAGUAUCCCCUCCUCAUGGUUACAGACCCAACAACAUUAUCUAGUAUCCCCUCAUCAGUACCUGUAUAAGUGUUCCCUCUGCCCCCUUGUCUUUGUUUGUGAUUGUUUAUUGUGGAGGAGAGAGAAGCUCGGUGGAGCUCUUUGUUAUUUUGUAUCGCUGGGUUAUUUUCACCUAUGUGCUUCGUUGUUUUUCAGUGCGCCUGUUUUCUGCACUGAAGUGUUUUGACGCAUUGCUGCGUACUACUGUGUUGGGAAUAAACGUUUUGUUCUAUGAUUUGCCCUCCUGCGCCUGACUCCUUCAAAUCACAACAUUACAGUUGAGGAAGUAAUUCUGCUUUCUGCUUUGAAAGUUGAUAAACUUGUAACCCCACUUUUGAGAAAAUGUCCCUUGAAUGUUUUGGUACCAACUGCAGAGCUCUUCUUUUGUCUACACCCAUUCAGCAUCGUUCACACCCUCUUAGGCCUUUGCCCCGCCCAUCUCUUUAAGGAUUCACGAGGCCAUGUGCUAAACCAAGUGAGAAGUGUUGUAAACAAUCAAAGAUUUCAAGAUUAAAAGUGGUGAAAGUAGUAGCCUACAAUAAGGAAAAACUCCAGGUAAAAUACACUUCAUCUAGUCCUUGGCCUAUAUCAUAAUCUGACUUUGGUGCAGGUCAUGUUGUUCUUCACAUUAUCAUCUCUGGUAAAACAAACACUAUAUCAAAUAAAAUCUAUGUUUAUUUGUCAUGUGCACAGGAUACAGAAGGUGUAAAUGGUACAGUGAAAUGGUUACUUGCAAUAUCAAAAACAGAAAGUGUCCAGAUACAUUUUUUAAUAAAUGUUUUAUAAUUAUUAGAUGACGCUUACCCGACACACUUGUCUAAAUUGAUGGGUCAUGUGAAGGAAAUGCUAUAACCACCCCCAGCCACAUCUAGCUAAGUGGAUGGGUCACUAUUGUCUAGACAUGUAGACAUGUUCGUGAAAUACGAUCGAUGGCCAUAAUCACCCCCAGACACACCUGGCUAACUUGAUGGGUAACUUGAUGGGUAACUUGAUGGGUAACUUGGGUAACUUGAUAGAACAGAAACAUAAUAACAAUACUAAAUGUUGUUGAGAAAAGUAGCAAAACUUUUGUAGUUCUCUAAUGUUUUAUACACAGCUCAAAAAAUAAAGGGAACACUAAAAUAACACAUCUUAGAUCUGAAUGAAUGAAAUAAUCUUAUUAAAUACUUUUUUCUUUACAUAGUUGAAUGUGCUGACAACAGAAUCACACAAAAAUUAUCAAUGGAAAUCAAAUUUAUCAACCCAUGGAGGUCUGGAUUUGGAGUCACCCUCAAAAUUAAAGUGGAAAACCACACUACAGGCUGAUCCAACUUUGAUGUAAUGUCCUUAAAACAAGUCAAAAUGAGGCUCAGUAGUGUGUGUGGCCUCCACGUGCCUGUAUGACCUCCCUACAACGCCUGGGCAUGCUCCUGAUGAGGUGGCGGAUGGUCUCCUGAGGGAUCUCCUCCCAGACCUGGACUAAAGCAUCCGCUAACUCCUGGACAAUCUGUGGUGCAACGUGGCAUUGGUGGAUGGAGCGAGACAUGAUGUCCCAGAUGUGCUCAAUUGGAUUCAGGUCUGGGGAACGGGCGGUCCAUAGCAUCAAUGCCUUCCUCUUGCAGGAACUGCUGACACACUCCAGCCACAUGAGGUCUAGCAUUGUCUUGCAUUAGGAGGAACCCAGGGCCAACCGCUCCAGCAUAUGGUCUCACAAGGGGUCUGAGGAUCUCAUCUCGGUACCUAAUGGAAGUCAGGCUACCUCUGUGAGCACAUGGAGGGCUGUGCGGCCCCCCAAAGAAAUGCCACCCCACACCAUGACUGACCCACCACCAAACCGGUCAUGCUAGAGGAUGUUGCAGGCAGCAGAACGUUCUCCACGGCGUCUCCAGACUCUGUCACGUCUGUCACAUGUGCUCAGUGUGAACCUGCUUUCAUCUGUGAAGAGCACAGGGCGCCAGUGGCGAAUUUGCCAAUCUUGGUGUUCUCUGGUAAAUGCCAAACGUCCUGCACGGUGUUGGGCUGUAAGCACAACCCCCACCUGUGGACGUCGGGCCCUCAUACCACCCUCAUGGACUCUGUUUCUGACUGUUUGAGCAGACACAUGCACAUUUGUGGCCUGCUGGAGGUCAUUUUGCAGGGCUCUGGCAGUGCUCCUCCUGCUCGUCCUUGCACAAAGGCGGAGGUAGCGGUCCUGCUGCUGGGUUGUUGACCUCCUACGGUCUCCUCCACGUCUCCUGAUGUACUGGCCUGUCUCCUGGUAGCGCCUCCAUGCUCUGGACACUACGCUGACAGACACAGCAAACCUUCUUGCCACAGCUCGCAUUGAUGUGCCAUCCUGGAUGAGCUGCACUACCUGAGCCACUUGUGUGGGUUGUAGACUCCGUCUCAUGCUACCACUAGAGUGAAAGCACCGCCAGCAUUCAAAAGUGACCAAAACAUCAGCCAGGAAGCAUAGGAACUGAGAAGUGGUCUGUGGUCACCACCUGCAAAACCAGACCUUCAUUGGGGGUGUCUUGCUAAUUGCCUAUAAUUUCCACCUGUUGUCUAUCCCAUUUGCACAACAGCAUGUGAAAUGUAUUGUCAAUCAGUGUUGCUUCCUAAGUGGACAGUUUGAUUUCACAGAAGUGUGAUUGACUUGGAGUUACAUUGUGCUGUUUAAGUGUUCCCUUAAUUUUUUUGAGCAGUGUAUAUUUUUUAAUGCCGUGGUAUAAAGGACUAUCAACACAUACUGAACAGCUCACCUUAUAGACAGAAGCAUGCUACAUGGCAGACCAAUCCAAACUCAUCUCCCAGCAUGUCCAGCCCACCCAUUAUCUCAGCCAAUCAUGGCUAGAGGGUAGGUUCCUGUCUUUUUCCAUGGCUAAGCCAACUAGACUUGUAAUUUAACAAUUGUAUUUGUAUUUGCAGAUGGAAUAGUUUCUGCCAAAAACUGCAUUUUGAUUAAAUAAAAAGAAAAGACGUUCAAAUGCCACUCCUGUGAUGUAGUGAUGUGCGACAUAACUUCCUGAAACGGGAUAUAUAGCCCUAAAGGCCGAGACAAUAAGAAGACACAGUGGCAGAAUAAAUUCAACCACACAAAUCUGUCUGGUGAAGUCCGCAAAGCAUAUUGCAUGUAACAAACAGUUACAUGACCUACAGCACGGUCAAGUAAGGUAAUGUUUCCAACAGCUAAACAACUAUUGAUUUAGUACCACGGAGAGUUACCGCAUGUCGCAAAGAAAACAGGAGCUGCCUCCACUAUUCCAGAACCAUUUCAACUUCAACAUUUCAACAGCAUCAAAUCACCUAUGCUUAAGACAACUAAAAUAUACCAAAAAUGAUUUAGUCCAAUCAACGUAAGCUAAAUAUGAUGUGGCUGUCCAUGGUAGUGAUUUCUCUGUGUGUGUUUAAGUAUAAAAAACAUGUUGACUCAACCUACUAGUAGAGAAACGCCAAUACCAACCUCCUCUCAUGUUGCUUAAACGGUCUAUGACUCUGUCAUACAGUACAUGCUUUUAGUUUGUUGUCCUCCGAGGCUACCUGGCUAAAAUACUUGCUCGCUAGCCUAACUUCCUUUCAUCGACAACAAUUAGCCAGCUAGUUAACAUUAGCAUACUACCUCUAGCUACAUAUUGAACUUCCAUCCUCUCAGGCCAGGGGCACAAUGUAUGAAUUUAUGGUUGGAUCAGAAUCACUGUUAUAAUCAUUGGCCAGUACGGAGAAUUAAGUAAAACCACAAGUCCAAAUAGCUAAUUUAGGAAAGGGUACACUAUAGCUAGCUAGUUAACCACCGGAGGACAACGACACAACGAGAUGCAACAAUUGAAGUUUUUUCUGUCAAUUACGUUUUGCUUUUGAUGUGAUGUGAUUGGUCCAAAUCCAAACUGGCUUCCCUUGACAUUUUAUUUUGGUGCGCCAGGGACCAUUCACUAGGGAGCUCAGUUUAGCUCAGCGCUGAUUGGCUAUUAUUGUAUAAAAUAAAUGAUCAAGGGAGGCCAAAUGCUCUCUGCCUUCCCUUGCAUUCAAUGAUACGGGCGGCAAAAUAAAAUCAUACUCUUUUUGACCAGACAGCAUCAGAUAGAUGGACUACACAUACAGAGACAGAGGGGCGCUGUUUCACUCGCUCAGAAGCUUUUCUCCGGUGAGAUACAUUCAGACUGAAGGAAAUUUAGGAAACAGAGAGACGAAAGCUAAAUUAUUUUGGAAAUUAUUUGCCAGGCUUCCCUUGGCAUCCAUGAAUACACACCAAUGUUAUUUAGUCCAAUUGUGGCAUGAUUCCACUAUUUUCAUCUGUUUGCAUCAGUUUUAAUGGGGGACUAUUAUUUUGAAGGUAAACCACCGAUUCCACUAUUAUUACUCAUGCAAACCACCGAUUCAACUAUUAUUACUCAUGCUAAUGUUGUUCACGACUACUACUGGCCAAAGGAAGGCAGCUGAAGCCAAACUGUUUUUGUGAAUGAACGAACCCCAUCAUUUGAAGUACCUCCAUAUUCCAACACAGGGGUGGUCUUGAAUUUCGUGGUCGCAGAGAACAGAAUGGAGACCGAUUGACGACAGGAUACAUUGUGACACAUCAUCAUUCUCUGUACUUUUCCUGCUGCUGCGACAACUGAAAGGUAACAUUUGAACCUGUUGAACAGAUCUAAUACCGUUAGUUACAGUGGCUUGCAAAAGUAUUCACCCCCCUUGGCAUUUUUCUUAUUUUGUUGCCUUACAACCUGGAAUUAAAAUAGUUUUUUGGGGGUUUGUAUCAUUUGAUUUACACAACAUGCCUAUUACUUUGAAGAUGUUAAAUAUUUUUGGGGGUGAAACAAACAAGAAUUAACACAAAAAAAUCAGAAAACUUGAGCGUGCAUAUCUAUUCACCCCCCCAAAGUCAAUACUUUGUAGAGCCACCUUUUGCAGCAAUUACAGCUGGAAAUCUCUUGGGGUAUGUCUCUAUAAGCUUGGCACAUCUAGCCACUGGGAUUUUUGCCCAUUCUUCAAGGCAAAACUGCUCCAGCUCCUUCAAGUUGGAUGGGUUCCGCUGGUGUACAGCAAUCUUUAAGUCAUACCACAGAUUCUCAAUUAGAUUGUGGUCUGGGCUUUGACUUGGCUUUCCAAGACAUUUAAAUGUUUCCCCUUAAACCACUUGAGUAUUGCUUUAGCAGUAUGCUUUGGGUCAUUGUCCUGCUGGAAGAUGAACCUCCGUCCCAGUCUCAAAUCUCUGGAAGACUGAAACAGGUUUCCCUCAAGAAUUUCCCUGUAUUUAGCGACAUCCAUCAUUCCUUCAAUUCUGGCCAGUUUCCCAGUCCCUGCCGAUGAAAAACACCCCCACAGCAUGAUGCUGCCACCACCAUGCUUCACUGUGGGGAUGGUGUUCUCAGGGUGAUGAGAGGUGUUGGGUUUGUGCCAGACAUAGCGUUUCCCUUGAUGGCCAAAAAGCUCAAUUUUAGUCUCAUCUGACUAGUGUACCUUCUUCCAUAUGUUUGGGGAGUCUCCCACAUGCCCUUUGGCGAACACCAAACAUGUUUGCUUAUUUCUUUCUUUAAGCAAUGGCUUUUUUUCUGGCACUCUUCCGUAAAGCCCAGCUCUGUGGAGUGUACGGCUUAAAGUGGUCCUAUGGACAGAUACUCCAAUCUCCGCUGUGGAGCUUUGCAGCUCCUUCGGGGUUAUCUUUGGUCUCUUUGCCUCUCUGAUUAAUGUCCUCCUUGCCUAGUCUGUGAGUUUUGGUGGGCGGCCCUCUCUUGGCAGGUUUGUUGUGGUGCCAUAUUCUUUCAAUUUUUUAAAUAAUGGAUUUAAUGGUGCUCCGUGGGAUGUUCAAAGUUUCUGAUAUUUCUUUAUAACCCAACCCUGAUCUGAACUUCUCCACAACUUUGUCCCUGACCUGUUUGGAGAGCUCCUUGGUCUUCAUGGUGCCCCUUGCUUAGUGGUGUUGCAGACUCUGGGGCCUUUCAGAACAUGUGUAUAUAUACUGCGAUCAUGUGACACUUAGAUUGCACACAGGUGGACUUUAUUUAAUUAAUUAUGUGACUUCUGUAGGUAAUUGGUUGCACCAGAUCUUAUUUAGGGGCUUCAUAGCAAAGGGGGUGAAUACAUAUGCACGCACCACUUUUUCGUUAUUUAUUUUUUAGAAUUUUUUGAAACAAGAUAUUUUUUACAUUUCACUUCACCAAUUUGGACUAUUUUGUGUAUGUCAAUUACAUGAAAUCCAAAUAAAAAUCAAUUUAAAUUACAGGUUGUAAUGCAACAAAAUAGGAAAAACGCCAAGGGGGAUGAAUACUUUUGCAAGGCACUGUAGCUGGUAUUUGAUUCAUUUUGUCUGAUUAAUAUUGGGGGACUGUUGGCUGUUAGCAUUAUGUUGUUGUAAUUGUGUGCCAACUGACAUGUUAUGUAUUGCAUAAAUAUAAUGCUACUGCAUCACUUCGGGAAUUUAGCGACCGGUGUUCACUAUUCCAGUAGCUAGCUAGCGAGCUAUAUAGUAGCUCGCUAGCUAUAUAGCUAGAUAGCUAGUUAUGAUGUGAACGAUGAUGACGCUGGCUAAGUAGCCACUAAUGUUACGUCAGCAUUCGAAUAACUACAAUUAUAAAGCUAAAAUGUGUAUUUGUUUGUAUUCAGUCUUUCGAUGUCUAGGUAGUUACUGUCUAGUGGUUAACUAAUGUAUUAAACUGAUAGGUUAACUGUCAGUGGUUAGUUAGCUAACGUAACUAGUUAGCACUUUAGUUAACAUGAUGCUAGUUUAACGUUAUUCUCGUAGCAUUGGUUCUCUGCCAGCUGCUGCCAACUCAUCCCCCGGCAAAUUAGUUACAUGGAGAAAAUGUCUUGCCAGUUGCCAUUCACAUUCUAGUUAAUGUUAGCUAGUAGUUGUCUUAUUCACAUGAUGGUACAGUCCACAUUUAAAACACUCACUUACUUAGAAGUCAGUAGUUCUGUCUCAGCUAAUUAAACAUCUACACGCUUUUAGAUAUUUAUGUGUUUUGUGAUUUUUUUUUCAAAUAGCAAGCUAGAUAGCUAGCUUUGUUUUCCCUUAAAAAGAGCCAGUAUUGAGAGAGAGGAUGUUGUUCCUCUGGCUCCUGCCAGGUUUCAGAGCCAGUAUUUACAGAGGGGAGGUUGUUACUCUGGCUCCUGCCAGGUUUCAGAGCCAGUAUUUACAGAGGAGAGGUUGUUAUUCUGGCUCCUGCCAGGUUUCAGAGCCAGUAUUUACAGAGGAGAGGUUGUUAUUCUGGCUCCUGCCAGGUUUCAGAGCCAGUAUUUACAGAGGAGAGGUUGUUAUUCUGGCUCCUGCCAGGUUUCAGAGCCAGUAUUUACAGAGGAGAGGUUGUUAUUCUGGCUCCUGCCAGGUUUCAGAGCCAGUAUUUACAGAGGAGAGGUUGUUCCUCCGGAUCCUGCCAGGUUUCAGAGGCCUAAUUUCUGAUUUAGAAGAAAUUCCAGAGACCCUAGAGAGUUCUAGGAUAAUACAGUUCUCAGAAUAUUACACCAUACAUGUUGCACUCACUGCACUGGAAUGGAUGGAGAUGCAUGAUCUAACUUUAACAGAAUGGAACCCUAACAGAAUGGAACACUUAACACUAUGAAUGAGAAUCUAACACUAAAGUUACAAAACAAAACUCAUACCAGUGAUAUCAUCACUGCAUCAGGAAUAGUUUGACCGGCAGUAGCCUUUGACUCCUCAUCAGACCAUGUUUAGCUGCAUUACUGGGAAUCUGGGACGUGGUUUUAGGCCCUGGUCUAUGUUAUUGUGUAGGUGAGCGAGGCUUCAUUGCCUUUGGUGGUUAUUUAGGUGCAGUAGUGUCACCGAGCUGUACUAUGUACAUAGCUAUCAGCAGAGUCACAUGACAUGGCUGUUUUUCCUAGGCCUAUUGACCAAUUUGAAAAUGUAAUCUCAAGAAGGUUGAUAUCAGUGUUUUGUACACAAUUAGUUGAUAUGAUCUGUUCUGAUAAUGCUGGACAGUCAUAUUAUCCCUGGAGAGCCCUCCCUCCCCUAGUGAUUAACAGGUCAGGCUCGUGCCAGUAACCACAGUAACCAGUGGCUCUCAGGGGACUCUCUAGUUUUGAGGAAACACAAAGAAAAACUACAACUGACCCAACAUUUCUUAUGUGUCUGGAGCAACUAGGAGUUUUUAGAGGCAUAACAAGCAAUAAACUCAAUUGCAACACUAAGUAUUCUCUUGGCUCUGGUUAUUUUUGUAUAAUCUGGUUAUUUUAGUAUGCUCUGGUUAUUUUAGUAUUCUCUUGGCUCUGGUUAUUUUAGUAUGCUCUGGUUAUUUUAAUAUUCUCUUGGCUCUGGUUAUUUUUGUUUUCUCUGGUUAUUUUAAUAUUCUCUUGGCUCUGGUUAUUUUAGUAUGCUCUGGUUAUUUUAGUACGCUCUGGUUAUUGUAGUAUUCUUUUGGCUCUGGUUAUUUUAGUAUGAUCUUGGCUUUGGUUAUUUUAAUAUUCUUUUGGCUCUGGUUAUUUUAAUAUUAUCUUGCUCUGGUUAUUUUUGUAUUCUCUUGGCUCUGGUUAUUUUAGUAUGCUCUGGUUAUUUUAGUAUUCUCUUGGCUCUGGUUAUUUUAGUAUGCUCUGGUUAUUUUAAUAUUAUCUUGCUCUGGUUAUUUUAGUAUGAUCUUGCUCUGGUUAUUUUAAUAUUACCUUGCUCUGGUUAUUUUAAUAUUACCUUGCUCUGGUUAUUUUAGUAUGAUCUUGCUCUGGUUAUUUUAAUAUUACCUUGCUCUGGUUAUUUUAAUAUUACCUUGCUCUGGUUAUUUUAAUAUUACCUUGCUCUGGUUAUUUUAAUAUUAUCUUGCUCUGGUUAUUUUAGUAUGCUCUGGUUAUUUUAAUAUUAUCUUGCUCUGGUUAUUUUAGUAUGAUCUUGGCUCUGGUUAUUUUUAUAUUAUCUUGCUCUGGUUAUUUUAGUAUGCUCUGGUUAUUUUAAUAUUAUCUUGCUCUGGUUAUUUUAAUAUUAUCUUGCUCUGGUUAUUUUAAUAUGAUCUGGUUAUUUUAGUAUGAUCUUGGCUCUGGUUAUGUUAGUAUGAUCCUGGCUUUGUGUCAGGGGGUCAGUGUGAUGCGGUAGGACGAAGUCAGGCGCAGGACACAGAGCUAAUCGAAAACGUACUUUACUCGUAGGUAACGUAAAUAAUAUAACCUCCACGCAGGGAGGAAACAAACCCGCUCACCAGACGACAACCAAACAUGAACAAACAUGCACAACAUACAGUGGGAGCCAGAGGGUUUAAUAGGGAAGAAAUCAAUACAUAAUGGGAACCAGGUGUGAACAAUAAAGACAAAACAAGUAGAACACAGAAACAUAGAUCGGUAGCAGCUAGUACUCCGGUGACGACGAAUGCCGAAGCCUGCCCGAGCAAGGAGGAGGAGCAUCCUCGGCUGAAUCUGUGACACUUUGGUUAUUUGAGUAAUCUCUUGGCUCUGGUUAUUUUAGUAUGCUCUGGUUAUUUAAGUAUAAUCUGGUUAUUUUAAUAUUCUCUUUGAUCUGGUUAUUUUAGUAUGCUCUGGUUAUUUUAUUAUUCUCUUGGGUCUGGUUAUUUUAGUAUGCUCUGGUUAUUUUAAUAUUCUCUUGGCUCUGGUUAUUUUAGUAUGUCUGGUUAUUUUAGUAUUCUCUUGACUCUGGUUACUUUAGUAUGCUCUUGGCUUUGGAUGUUUUAGUAGUUUCUUGGCUCUGGUUAUUUUAAUAUGCUUUGGUUUUUUAGUAUGAUCUUGGCUCUGGUUAUUUUAGUAUGAUCUUGGCUUUGGUUAUUUUAGUAUUCUUUUGGCUCUGGUUAUUUUAGUAUGAUCUUGGCUUUGGUUAUUUUAGUAUUCUCUUGGAUCCUGGUAUUUUAAUAUGCGCCGGUUGUUUUAGUAUUCUCUUCGAUCUGGUUAUUUUAGUGUACUCUUGGCUCUUGUUAUAUUAGUAUGAUGUUGGGUUGUUGUGAUAAAGUUUCUGAUUUUAGUGUUAGUUAUUAGUGUGAUAAGGUAUUUGACAGGGUUAGUGUGAUAAGGUAUCUGAUGUUAGUGUGAUAAGGUAUCUGAUGUUAGUGUGAUGAGGUAUCUGAUGUUAGGGUUAGUUGUUAGUGUGAUGAGGUAUCUGGUGUUAGGGUUAGUUGUUAGUGUGAUGAGGUAUCUGAUGUUAGGGUUAGUUGUUAGUGUGAUGAGGUAUCUGAUGUUAGGGUUAGUGUGAUGAGGUAUCUGAUGUUAGGGUUAGUUGUUAGUGUGAUGAGGUAUCUGGUGUUAGGGUUAGUGUGAUGAGGUAUCUGAUGUUGGGGUUAGUGUGAUGAGGUAUCUGAUGUUAGGGUUAGUUGUUAGUGUGAUGAGGUAUCUGAUGUUGGGGUUAGUGUGAUGAGGUAUCUGAUGUUAGGGUUAGUUGUUAGUGUGAUGAGGUAUCUGAUGUUAGGAUUAGUGUGAUGAGGUAUCUGAUGUUAGGGUUAGUUGUUAGUGUGAUGAGGUAUCUGAUGUUAGGGUUAGUGUGAUGAGGUAUCUGAUGUUAGGGUUAGUUGUUAGUGUGAUGAGGUAUCUGAUGUUAGGAUUAGUUGUUAGUGUGAUGAGGUAUCUGAUGUUAAGAUUAGUUGUUAGUGUGAUGAGGAAUCUGAUGUUAUGGUUAGUGUGAUGAGGUAUCUGAUGUUAGGGUUAGUGUGAUGAGGUAUCUGAUGUUAUGGUUAGUUAUUAGUGUGAUGAGGUAUCUGAUGUUAGUGUGAUGAGGAAUCUGAUGUUAGGGUUAGUUAUUAGUGUGAUGAGGUAUCUGAUGUUAGGGAUAGUUGUUAGUGUGAUGAGGUAUCUGAUGUUAGGGAUAGUUGUUAGUGUGAUGAGGUAUCUGAUGUUAGUGUGAUGAGGUAUCUGGUGUUAGGGUUAGUUGUUAGUGUGAUGAGGUAUCUGGUGUUAGGGUUAGUUGUUAGUGUGAUGAGGUAUCUGAUGUUAGGGUUAGUGUGAUGAGGUAUCUGAUGUUAUGGUUAGUUGUUAGUGUGAUGAGGUAUCUGAUGUUAGGGUUAGUUGUUAGUGUGAUGAGGUUAGGGUUAGGGUUAGGGUUAGGGUUAGGGUUAGGGUUAGGGUUAAUGGUGUUGAUGUGAGCCAUGACCAGCCUUUCAAAGCACUUCAUGGCUACAGACGUCAGUGCUACGGGUCGGUAGUCAUUUAAGCAGGUUAUCUUAGUGUCCUUGGGCACAGGGACUAUGGUGGUCUGCUUGAAACAUGUUGGUAUUACAGACUCAGUCAGUGACAUGUUGAAAAUGUCAGUGAAGACACUUGCCAGUUGGUCAGCACAUGCUCGGAGUACACGUCCUGGUAAUCCGUCUGGCCCUGCAGCCUUGUGAAUGUUGACCUGUUUAAAGGUCUUACUCACAUCGGCUAUGGAGAGCAUGAUCACAUAGUCAUCCGGAACAGCUGGUGCUCUCAUGCAUGCUUCAGUGUUGCAUGCCUCGAAGCGAGCAUAGAAGUGAUUUAGCUCGUCUGGUAGGCUUGUGUCACUGGGCAGCUCGUGACUGUGCUUCCCUUUGUAGUCUGUAAUAGAUUUCAAACCCCGCCACAUCCGACGAGCGUCAGAGCCAGUGUAGUACGAUUCAAUCUUAGUCCUGUAUUGACUCUUUGCCUGUUUGAUGGUUCGUCUGAGGGCAUAGCGGGAUUUCUUAUAAGCGUCCAGGUUAGAGUCCUGCUCCUUGAAAGCGGCAGCUCUACCCUUUAGCUCAGUGUGGAUGUUGCCUGUAAUCCAUGGCUUCUGGUUGGGGUAUGUACGUACGGUCACUGUGGGGACGACGUCAUCGAUGCACUGAAUGAUGAAGCCAGUGACUGAUGUGGUGUACUCCACAAUGCUAUCUGAAGAAUCCCGGAACAUAUUCCAGUCUGUGCUAGUGAAACAGUCGCUAGCAUCUGCGUCAUCUGACCACUUUUUUUAUUAACCGAGUCAUUGGUGCUUCCUGCUUUAGAUUUUGCUUAUAAGCAGGAAUCAGGAGGACAGAGUUAUGGUCAGAUUUGCCAAAUGGAGGGUGAGGGAGAGCUUUAUUUAAAUUAUGGAGGUAAGGUAAUAAAUAGGCCAUAGUGCAAAAUAGUUACAAUUUCGUAUUAACACUGGAAUGAUAGAUGUGCAAGAGAUGAUGUGCAAAUAGAGAUACUGGGGUGCAAAUGAGCAAAAUAAAUAACAAUAUGGGGAUGAGGUAGUUGGGUAGGCUAAUUUCAGAUGGGCUGUGUACAGGUGCAGUGAUCGGUAAGAUGCUCUGACAACUGAUGCUUAAAGUUAGUGAGGGAGAUAAGAGUCUCCAGCUUCGAGAUUUUUGCAGUUCGUUCCAGUCAUUGGCAGCAGAGAACUGGAAGGAAUGGCGGCCAAAGGAGGUGCUGGCUUUGGGGAUGACCAGUGAGAUAUACAUGCUGGAGCGCAGACUACGGGUGGGUGUUGCUAUGGUGACCAGUGAGCUAAGAUAAGACAGGGAUUUGCCUAGCAGUGAUUUAUAGAUGACCUGGAGCCAGUGGGUUUGGCGACGAAUAUGUAGUGAGGGCCAGCCAACAAGAGCGUACAGGUCACAAUGGUGAGUAGUAUAUGGGGCUUUGGUGACAAAACAGAUGGCACUGUGAUAGACUACAUCCAAUUUGCUGAGUAGAGUGUUGGAAGCUAUUUUGUAAAUGACAUCGCCGAAGUCAAGGAUCUGUAGGAUAGUCAGUUUUACGAGGGCAUGUUUGGCAGCAUGAGUGGAGGAGGCUUUGUUGCGAAAUAGGAAGCCGAUUCUAGAUCUAACUUUUGAUUGGAAAUGCUUAAUGUGAGUCUGGAAGGAGAGUUUAAUGUCUAACCAGACACCGAGGUAUUUGUAGUUGUCCACAUACUCUAGGUCAGACCCGCCGAGAGUAGUGAUUCUAGUCGAGUGGGCGGGUGCAAGCAGCGUUCGGUUGAAGAGCAUGCAUUUAGUUUUACUAGUGUUUAAGAGCAGUUGGAGGCAACGGAAGGAGUGUUGAAUGGAGUUGAAGCUCAUUUGGAGUUUGUUAACACAGUGUCCAAUGAAGGGCCAGAUGUAUACAAAAUGGUGUCGUCUGCAUAGAGGUGGAUCCGAGCGUCACCAGCAGCAAGAGCGACAUCAUUGAUAUACACAGAGAAUAGAGUCGGCACGAGAAUUGAACCCUGUGGCACCCCCAUAGAGACUGCCAGAGGUCCAGACAACAGGCCCUCCGAUUUGACACAUUGAACUCUAUCUGAGAAGUAGUUGGUGAACCAGGCGAGGCAGUCAGUUGAGAAACCAAGGCUAUUUAGUCUGCCAAUAAGAAUGCGGUGGUUGACAGAGUCGAAAGCCUUGGCCAGGUCGAUGAAGACGGCUGCGCAGUACUGUCUUUUAUCGAUCGCGGUUAUAAUAUAUUGUUUAGGACCUUGAGCGUGGCUGAGGUUCACCCAUGACCAGCUCGGAAACCGGAUUGCAUAGCGGAGAAGGUACGGUGGAAUUCAAAGUGGUCGGUGAUCUGUUUGUUAACUUGGCUUUCAAAUACUUUCGAAAGGCAGCGCAGGAUGGAUAUAGGUCUGUAACUGUUUGGAACCAGAGUGUCACCACCUUUGAAGAGGGGGAUGACCGCGGCAGCUUUCCAAUCUCUGGGGAUCUCAGACGUUACGAAAGAGAGGUUGAACAGGCUAGUAAUAAGGGUUGCGACAAUUUUGGCGGCUAAUUUAAAAAAGAAAGGGUCCAGAUUGUCUAUCCCAGCUGAUUUGUAGGGAUCCAGAUUUUUCAGCUCUUUCAGAACAUCAGCUGUCUGAAUUUGUGUGAAGGAGAAGUGGGGGGGGGGAUGGGCAAGUUGCAGCGGAGGGUGCAGAGCUGGUGGCUGGGGUAGGGUUAGCCAGGUGGAAAGCAUGGCCAGCCGUAGCAAAAUGCUUGUUGAAAUUAUCGAUUAUCGUAGAUUUAUCGGUGGUGAUAGUGUUUCCUAGCCUCAGUGCAUUGGGUAGCUGGGAGGAGGUGCUCUUAUUCUCCAUGGACUUUACAGUGUCCCAAAACUUUUUGGAGUUAGUGCUACAGGAUGCACAUUUCUUUUAGAAAAAGAUAGCCUUUGCUUUCCAAACUGAUUGUGCAUAUUGGUUCCUGACUUCCCUGAAAAGUUGCAUAUCGCGGGGUCUGUUCGGUGCUAAUGCAAUAUGCCACAGGAUGUUUUUGUGCUGGUCAAGGGCAGUCAAGUCUGGGGUGAACCAGGGGCUAUAUAUGUUCUUAUUUUAGAAUUUUGUGAAUGGGGCAUGCUUAUUUAAGAUGGAGAGGAAAGCACUUUUGAAGAACAUCCAGGCAUCCUCUACUGACGGAAUGAGGUCAAUAUCCAUCCAGGUUACCCGGGCCAGGUCAAUCAGAAAGGCCUGCUUGCUGAAGUGUUUUAGGGAGUGUUUGACAGUGAUGAGGGGUGGUCGUUUGACCGCGGACCCAUUACGGACGCAGGCAAUGAGGCAGUGAUCGCUGAUAUCCUGGUUGAAGACAGCGGACGUGUAUUUAGAGGGUAAAUUAGGAUGAUAUCUAUGAGGGUGCCCAUGUUUACGGAUUUAGGGUUGUACCUGGUAGGUUCCUUGAUAAUUUGUGGGAGAUUCAGGCCAUCUAGUUUAGAUUGCAGGACGGCCGGGGUGUUAAGCAUAUCCCAGUUUAGGUCACCAAGCAGUACGAACUCUGAGGAUAGAUGGGGGCAAGCAAUUCACAUAUGGUGUCGAGGGCACAACUGGGGGCUGAAACAGGUUUCUUAGAAAUUUUUGCAAAUGUGUUAAAAAUACAAAACAGAUUACUGUUUCUACUGAUGACAUGACUAUCAUCCUGUGGUCCUCAAUUGGUAGAGCAUGGCGCUUGUAACGCCAGGGUAGUGGGUUCGAUCCCCGGGACCAACCAUACGUAAAAAUGUAUGCACACAUGACUGUAAGUCGCUUUGGAUAAAAGCGUCUGCUAAAUGGCAUAUUAUAUUCUUAUUAUCACAUUAAAAUCAAAUCAAAUCAAAUGUUAUUUGCUACAUGCACCGAAUACAACAUGUGUUGAAAUGCUUACUUACAAGCCCAUAACCAACAAUGCAGUUUAAGAAAAAAAAGAAGCAAAUGAUUAAAGAGCAGCAGUAAAAUUAAAUAACAGUAGGGAGGUUAUAUACAGGGGGUACCGGUACAGAGUCAAUGUGCGGGGGCACCGGUUAGUCAAGGUAAUUGAGGUAAUAUGUACAUGUGGGUAGAGUUAAAGUGACUAUGCAUUGAUAAUAAACAGAGUAGCAGCAGCGUAAAAGAGGGGGUUGGGGUAGGGUGAGGUGAGGUGGGGGGGUGGGAAAUGCAAAUAGUCCGGGUAGCCAUGAUUAGCUGUUCAGGAGUCUUAUGGCUUGGGGGUAGAAGCUGUUAUGAAGCCUUUUGGACCUAGACUUGGCGCUCCAGUAACGUUUGCUGUGCGGUAGCGGAGAGAACAGUCUAUGACUAGGGUGGCUGGAGUCUUUGAUAUUGUUAGGGCCUUCCUCUGACACCGCCUGGUAUAGAGGUCCUGGAUGGCAGGAAGCUUUGCCCCACUGGGCCUUCCUCUGACACCGCCUGGUAUAGAGGUCCUAGAUGGCAGGAAGCUUGGCCCCACUGGGCCUUCCUCUGACACCGCCUGGUAUAGAGGUCCUGGAUGGCAGGAAGCUUGGCCCCACUGGGCCUUCCUCUGACACCGCCUGGUAUAGAGGUCCUGGAUGGCAGGAAGCUUGGCCCCACUGGGCCUUCCUCUGACACCGCCUGGUAUAGAGGUCCUGGAUGGCAGGAAGCUUGGCCCCACUGGGCCUUCCUCUGACACCGCCUGGUAUAGAGGUCCUGGAUGGCAGGAAGCUUUGCCCCACUGGGCCUUCCUCUGACACCGCCUGGUAUAGAGGUCCUGGAUGGCAGGAAGCUUGGCCCCACCCUGUCUUCCUCUAACACCGCCUGGUAUAGAGGUCCUGGAUGGCAGGAAGCUUGGCCCCACUGGGCCUUCCUCUGACACUGCCUGGUAUAGAGAUCCUGGAUGGCAGGAAGCUUGGCCCCACUGGGCCUUCCUCUGACACCGCCUGGUAUAGAGGUCCUGGAUGGCAGGAAGCUUUGCCCCAUUGGGCCCCUCUGACACCGCCUGGUAUAGAGGUCCUGGAUGGCAGGAAGCUUGGCCCCACUGGGCCUUCCUCUGACACCGCCUGGUAUAGAGGUCCUGGAUGGCAGGAAGCUUGGCCCCAGCUAAGCUUUUGUUGUCUGCUCGUUCGCAGCUGCUGCAGCAGGUGUUAUCAAAGAGGAUGUUGUUGCUAAUUUGUUAGCUUCUCCCUUUUCAAGAAUGACUUUCAACAUUAGUGAUCAUCUGGUGAGUGGGAUUGUGUUUUUUAUUGCAGCCCACUUGCUGUUGUUAGCCAUUUCUUUGAAAAUAACUUUUGUGAAACAUUGUUGUAUUUAAAGUGGAACUGACUGCAUUUUAGCAACAUGACAUCACAUUAAACUCUGUUCAUAUUCACCCCCAGGAAGAAUAUUACACUUUAAAACAUUUUCUAACAUGCGACCACUUAGAUAUGGUCAUUUUCACGUUUUCAUAAAUUCUUAGAAUGUUUUGGAAUUACGUAUACUAAGCUAUUUGUGAAAAUUCUAAAGCAAUAUAGAGUGGGAAAGCGGUCGUGCAUUUGGACAAUUAAUAGACACUGCAGUAAAUAAAACCGAAUAAAAACAUCUGUCUUGUCCAGGACUGGAGUCUACACAGGCCUUUAUACAAACAAGCCAUUUGCCACACGGGCCUGCCAUCAUUCACUGUGAACUGGACUGUGUUUACAGGCAGUAGCAACAGCAUGACUUUAGAUCAUUAGAACACAUUUGCCAAAAGCCAUAAAAUACACCUGAAUGGAUUUCUGCAAAUAUGUAAACACCACGGGAGUCCUCUUACAUUUGGGAACUUUACAGACCUAUUGAUCAAACAACCAUGAAAAGGUAGGCUCUCUCUCUCUCAGCUAUGCACAUCAACAAGCCAGAGCAAGAUGAGCUAAAAUCUAACGAAGGAACAUUAGAUAAACCCUCUCAAACUUUUUCAGCUAGUGGGCCGUUAAAAUUGCACUGAUAAACGAUGAGGAAUUGUAGCCUCCUCGUCAUUCUGCAGCUUGCCUGCCAAUGCAUGCUUGUCUCAACCAAGCACCCAAACUAACUGUCUAAAGUUGGCUAGAUUGCUAACUAGCUACUUCCAGACACAAAUGAUGUGUGUGACUGCUUAUCCUUUAUCAUAAUGUGUGUGACUGCUUAUCCUUUAGCAUCAUGCUGUGUGACUGCUUAUCUUUAACAUCAUACUGUGUGACUGCUUAUCCUUUAACAUCAUGCUGUGUGUGACUGCUUAUCCUUUAACAUCAUGCUGUGUGACUGCUUAUCCUUUACCAUCAUGCUGUGUGACUGCUUAUCCUUUAACAUCAUGCUGUGUGACUGCUUAUCUUUAACAUCAUACUGUGUGACUGCUUAUCCUUUAACAUCAUGCUGUGUGACUGCUUAUCUUUAACAUCAUGCUGUGUGACUGCUUAUCUUUAACAUCAUGCUGUGUGACUGCUUAUUCCUUUAAACAUCAUGCUGUGUGACUGCUUAUCCUUUAACAUCAUGCUGUGUGACUGCUUAUCCUUUAACAUCAUUGCUGUGUGUGACUGCUUAUCCUUUAACAUCAUGCUGUGUGUGACUGCUUAUCCUUUACCAUCAUGCUGUUGUGACUGCUUAUCCUUUACAUCAUGCUGUGUGACUGCUUAUCCUUUAACAUCAUGCUGUGUGACUGCUUAUCCUUUAACAUCAUGCUGUGUGACUGCUUAUCCUUUAACAUCAUGCUGUGUGACUGCUUAUCCUUUACAUCCUUACCUUAUCAUUUAACUUCAUGCUGUGUGACUGCUUAUCCAUUUAACAUCAUGCUGUGUGACUGCUUAUCCUUUAACAUCAUGCUGUGUGACUGCUUAUCCUUUAACUCAUGCUGUGUGUGACUGCUAUCUUUAACAUCAUGCGGGACGCUAUCCUUAACCAGUGUGUGACUGUCUUUCAGUGGCCUCUAAUCAUGUGUGUGACUGCUUAUCUGACAUCAUGUGGUGUGGCUGCUUUCCUUAACAUCAGUGUGUGACUGCUGUCUUUCCAUCGGCCCUAUCCAGUGGUACAGUGGUGCUGUCUUUCCAUCGGCCCUAUCCAGUGGUACAGUGGUGCUGUCUUUCCAUCGGCCCUAUCCAGUGGUACAGUGGUACAGUCCUCUCCUCUCAGUGGUACAGUCCUCUCCUCUCAGUGGUACAGUGGUACAGUCCUCUCCUCUCAGUGGUGUAGUGGUGCCUGGAAAAGUGUAUAUACUCUAAUUUUGCAAAACUGUUCCCAAACGGCCCAGCGACGGAAAGGCACCCUGCGUGAAAAAUCCUAUGUUUUCUUGAGUUUUCCUCAAAACAACACUUUUUUAAAUAGAAAAAAUACAAAAAUGUGAUGGUCUAAGUCCACAACAAUGCUUAAACCACAUCAAUCUGAUUGGGUGGGUCUGUCAGGGCCUGGAUCCCCAGUGGGUGGGUCUGUCAGGGCCCGGCUCCCCAGUGGGUGGGUCUGUCAGGGCCUGGCUCCCCAGUGGGUGGGUCUGUAAGGGCCUGGAUCCCCAGUGUGUGGGCCUGUAAGGGCCUGGAUCCACAGUGGGUGGGUCUGUCAGGGCCUGGCUCCCCAGUGGGUGGGUCUGUAAGGGCCUGGAUCCCCAGUGUGUGGGCCUGUAAGGGCCUGGAUCCCCAGUGGGUGGGCCUGUAAGGGCCUGGAUCCCCAGUGGGUGGGCCUGUCAGGGCCUGGCUCCCCAGUGGGUGGGCCUGUAAGGGCCUGGAUCCCCAGUGGGUGGGCCUGUCAGGGCCUGGCUCCCCAGUGGGUGGGCCAGUCAGGGCCUGGCUCCCCAGUGGGUGGGCCUCUGUCCACCCAGGCCCAUCCAUGUCUACGCUGCUGAUGCAAACAUCGCAUGAUGACAAUUGCACAUCACAAAUAGCCUACUAACCAACACUAAAUAAAGUGGGAUGUAAAUAUUUGGCCUGGCGAAGCAGUUUUAUGGGAUGACUGAAUGGAAGCUGAUAAUUAUGAGUUUUUUACUCCGCUGGUCUCGGGACAAAAUGAUGAGUCCUCACUAUCCAGGACCAAGGGUUAGGGUUAGGGUUAGGGUUAGGGUUAGGGUUAGGGUUAGGGUUAUUAGGACUAUAACCCUAACCCUAUCCCUAUUCAGGACCGAGUCAAGACCAAGUAAAAAUGUAUCCGACACCGAGACAAGACUGAGUCACUCAAUAUGUGACCGCUCUUGAGCACUACUACACUGCUGAUGACCAGGUUUAGGGUUGUAGUCCUUGUAAGUAAUGAUGACCAGGUUUAGGGUUGUAGUCCUUGUAAGUAAUGAUGACCAGGUUUAGGGUUGUAGUCCUUGUAAGUAUGGACUAUUUGAUUUUGGACAUAACAAUCUCCAGGUACAGUCCAGUCGUCUCAGUGAGCAGUAGAACAUGUUAGUUAUGUAGUUACAUGUUAUAUUCUCUCUGUCUCCAGGUACAGUCGUCCCAGUGAGCUGGUAGAAGACAGGCCUUACUCACCAGACAGCCUGAUAACCUGGAGGUAGAAGACAGGCCUUACUCAUCAGACAGCCUGAUAACCUGGAGGUAGAAGACAGGCCUUACUCACCAGACAGCCUGAUAACCUGGAGGUAGAAGACAGGCCUUACUCACCAGACAGCCUGAUAACCUGGAGGUAGAAGACAGGCCUUACUCACCAGACAGCCUGAUAACCUGGAGGUAGAAGACAGGCCUUACUCAUCAGACAGCCUGAUAACCUGGAGGUAGAAGACAGGCCUUACUCAUCAGACAGCCUGAUACCUGGAGGUAGAAGACAGGCCUUACUCAUCAGACAGCCUGAUAACCUGGAGGUAGAAGACAGGCCUACUCACCAGACAGCCUGAUAAACCUGGAGGUAGAAGACAGGCCUACUCACCAGACAGCCUGAUAACCUGGAGGGAAGACAGGCCUUACUCACCAGACAGCCUGAUAACCUGGAGGUAGAAGACAGGCCUUACUCACCAGACAGCCUGAUAACCUGGAGGUAGAAGAUAGAAACUAACAGACACUCUAAACAGUCUUCAUAAGAGUCCUGCUAUUCUAUCAAGGACCUACCAAAUCUUAGGAUACAUCCUGUCGCCUUAGAGUCUAGGGUACAAGCCACGCCAACUCUUGGCAGAAGGACACUUCCUAGGGCCCUAGAGUCUAGGGUACAAGCCACGCCAACCCUUGGUAGAAGGACAAUUCCUAGGGCCCUAGAGGCUAGGGUACAAGCCACGCCAACCCUUGGGUAAAGGACCACGUCCUAGGGCCCUAGAGUCUAGGGUACAAGCCACGCCAACCCUUGGUAGAAGGACACUUCCUAGGGCCCUAGAGGCUAGGGUACAAGCCACGCCAACCCUUGGUAGAAGGACACUUCCUAGGGCCCUAGAGGCUAGGGUACAAGCCACGCCAACCCUUGGUAGAAGGACACUUCCUAGGGCCCUGAGGAGGGACUAGGAACAAGCAACCCAACCCCUUGGCAGAAGGAUACUUGAUGUUCUCACUCUUCAACCAUGUGAACAACACUCGUAUGUGUUGAGAAGAACAGUCUAUACAUAUCCUAAUAAAGUAGAGCCACUGUGUGCAGCACUGGUUCCAGUCAGACUAGACCAGGGAUGGGGAACCAUACAGCUACUGCUGAUAUUACGUUUCAUAAUGUAUGGAAUGAGACCUGUGUAACAGUGUGGAUAUACAGCUCAGUACCUGUGUAACAGUGUGGAUCAGCUCUACUUGUACAGUGUGUUACAGCUCAGUACCUGUGGUAACAGUGUUUAUACUCUCAUUACCUGUGUAAACAGUGUGUAUACAGCUCCAGUACCUGUUUGUAACAGUGUAGAUAAAGCUCAGUACCUGUGUAACAGUGUGUAUAAGAUCAGUACCUGUGUAACAGCUGUGUAUACAGCUACAGUACCGUGUACAGGGGGUAACAGCUAAGCUACCUGUGAACCAGUGUGUGUAUACAGCUCAGUACCUGUUGUACCGUGAUACAGCUCAGUACCGGGUAACAGUUGUGGUAUAAGCUCAGUACCUGUGGGUAACAUUGUGUAUACAGCUCAGUAACUGUGUAACGUUGUAUACAGCUCGUACCUGUGUAACAGUGUGUAUACAGCUCAGUACCUGUGUAACAGUGUGUAUACAGCUCAGUACCUGUGUAACAGUGUGUAUACAGCUCAGUACCUGUGUACAGUGUGUAUACAGCUCAGUACCUGUGUAACAGUGGUAUUACCGCUCAUUACCUGGGGUGUUUUAAACAGUGUGAUACAGCUCAGUACCUGUGUAACAGUGUGGUAUACAGAUUCAGUACCUGUGUAACAGUGUGUGUAUAAAGCUUCAGUACCUGUUGUAACAGGUGUGUAUACAAGUCAAGACCUGUGUAACAGGUGGUGUAUACAGCUCAGUACCUGUGUAACGGUUGUGUAUACAGUUCGUACUGUGUAAACAGUGUGUAUACGAUCAGUAAGGUGUAACAGUGUGUAUACAGCUCAGUACCUGUGUAACAGGUGUGUAUACAGCUCAGUACCUGUGUAACAGUGUGUAUACAGCUCAGUACCUGUGUAACAGUGUGUAUACAGCUCAGUACCUGUGUAACAGUGCGUGUAUACAGCUCAGUACCUGUGUAACAGUGGUAACAGCUCAGGUACCUGCUUGGAAAAGUGUGUAUACAGUCAGUACCUGUGUAACAGUGUGUAUACAGCUCUAGUACCUUGUGUAACGUUGUGUAUACAGCUCAGUACUGGUAACAGUGUGUAUACAGCUCAGUACCUGUGUAAACAGUGUGUAUACAGCUCAGUACCUGUGUAACAGUGUGUAUACAGCUCAGUACCUGUGUAACAGUGUGUAUACAGCCCAGUACCUGUGUAACAGUGUGGAUACAGCUCAGUACCUGUGUAACAUGUGGACAGCUCGUACCUGUGUAACAGUGUGUAUACGCUCAAGUACCUGGUGUAACAGUGUGAUACAGCUCAGUACUGGAUAACAGUGUGUAUACAGACCAGUACUGUGUAACAGUGUGGAUACAGCUCAGUACCUGUGUAACAGGUUAUACAGCUCAGUACUGUGCUAACAGUGGUAACAGCCAUACCUGUGUAACAGUGUGUAUACAGUUCAAGUAACCUGUUGUAACAGUGUUGUAUACAGCUCAGUACCUGGUACAGUGUGUAUAAUAGCCCAGUAAACCUGUGUAAACAGUGGUGGAUUACAGCUCAGUACUGUGUAACAGUGUGGAUACAGCUCAGUACCUGUGUAACAGUGUGUAUACAGCUCAGUACCUGUGUACAGGUGGAUCCAGCUCAGUACUCGUGUACAGGUUGUGUAUACAGCUCAGUACCUGGUAAACCGUGUGUAUACACAGCUCCAGUACCUGUGUACAGUGUGUAUACAGCUCAGUACCUGUUAACAGUGUAUACGAUCAGUACCGUGUGUAACAGUGUGUUAUUACAGCUCAGACCGUGUAACAGGUGUAUACGCUCAGUAGCCUGUGUAACAGUGGGGUAGACCGCCCAGUACUGUGUUGUAACAGUGUGUAUACGACUCAGUACCUGUGUAAACAGGUGUAUACAGCCCAGUACCUGUUGUAACAGUGUGUAUACAGCUCAGUACCUGUGUAACAGUGUGUAUACAGCUCAGUACCUGUGUAACAGUGUGUAUACAGCUCAGUACCUGUGUAACAGUGUGUAUACAGCCCAGUACCUGUGUAACAGUGUGUAUACAGCUCAGUACCUGUGUAACAGUGUGUAUACAGCUCAGUACCUGUGUAACAGUGUGUAUUACGCUUCAGACCUGUGUAACAGUGUGUUAACAGCUAAGUACCGUGUGUGUAACAGUGUGGGUAUACCCAGCACAUCACCGCUCAACGCCCCCCACCCCCCCCGGUAACACGUGUCACGCCAUACACGCCAUUCCCACCCCCCGCCCCCCCCGGAUUAACUGUGUAACGUGGUGUAUUACAGCUCAGUUACUGGUGCUAAACAGGUGAUACAGCUCAGUACCUGUGUAACAGUGUGUAUACAGCUCAGUACCUGUGUAACAGUGUGUAUACAGCUCAGUACUGUGUAACAGUGUGUAUACAAGCCCAGUCAGUACUGUGUAACAGUGUGGCUGACAGCUCAAUACCUGUGUGUAACAGUGGGUAUACAGCUCAGUACUCUGUUGUAACAGUGUUGUAUACAGCCCAGUCCCUGUGUAACAGGAUGUAUACAGCUAGUACCUGUGCUGUAACAGUGUGUAUAAGCUCAGUACCUGUGUAACAGUGUGUAUACAGCUCAGUACCUGUGUAACAGUGUGUAUACAGCUCAGUACCUGUGUAACAGUGUGUAUACAGCUCAGUACCUGUGUAACAGUGUGUAUACAGCUCAGUACCUGUGUAACAGUGUGUAUACAGCUCAGUACCUGUGUAACAGUGUGAACGACAGUACCUGUUGUAACAGUGUGGAGAAGCUCAGUACCUGUGUAACAGACGUGGCAUUACAGCUCAGAGUACUGUGUAACAGUGUGUAUACGCCCAGUUACCUGGUAACAGUGUGUAUACACUCUAGUACCUGUGUAACAGUGUGGAUAAAAGCUCAGUGAACCUGUGGACAGUGUGUAUACAGCUCAGUACCUGUGUAACAGUGUGUAUACAGCUCAGUACCUGUGUAACAGUGUGUAUACAGCUCAGUACCUGUGUAACAGUGUGUAUACAGCUCAGGAUCCUGUGUAACAGUGUGUACAGCCAGACCUGUGUAACAGGGGUGAUACAGCUCAGUACCUGGAACAGUGUGUAACAAGCUCAGUACCUGUGUACAGUGUGUAUACAGCUCAGUACCUGUUGUAACAGUGUUAUAAGAACUCAGUUAACUGGGUAACAGUGUGUAUACAGCUCAGUACCUGGUUAACAGUGUUUAUUACCGCUCAGUACAGGUGUAACAGUGUGUAUACAAGACUCGUAACUGUGAACAGUGUGUAUUAAGCUCGGACCUGUGUAACAGUGUGUAUACAGCUCGAGUAACACUGUUGUAACAGUGUGUAUACAGCCCAGAUACAGGUGUACCAAGUGUGGAUACAGCUCCAGUACCUGUGUAACAGUGUAUACAGUCAGUAACUGUGUAAACAGUGUGUAUACAGCCCAGUACCUGUGUAAACAGUCGGGGAUAAAGCUCAGUACCUGUGUAAACAGUGUGUAUGACAGCAAUACCUGGGUAACAUGUGUAUACAGCCUCAGGACCUGUGUAAAACCAGUGUGGAUUACAGAUCAGUACCUGUGUAAAAGUGUGUAUACAGCCCAGGUACUGUGUAACAGUUGAUAAAGCUCAAAGUACCCUGUGUAACAAGUGUGUAUACAAGACCAGUACCUGUGUAAACAGUGUUAUACGGCCUCAGUACCUGUGUAAACAGUGUGUAUACAGCUCAGUACCUGUGUACACAGUGUGUAUACAGCUCAGAAGGACUGUUAACAGUGUGUAUUACAGCUCAGUACCGUAGUAACAGGGUGGGUGGAUACAGUCAAGUACCUGUGUAACAGUGUGUAUACAGCCUCAAGUACUGUGUAACAGGUUGGUGUAUACAGGCUCCAGUACUGUGUAAACAGUGUGUAUACAGCUCAUUACCUGGUAACCGUGUUAUACAGCUCAGAGUACUGUGUAACGUGUGUAUAAGACUCAGUACUGUGUAAAGGUGUGUAACAGCUCAGUACCUGUGUAACAGUGGUAUACAGUCAAUGUUACCUGUGUAACAGUGUGAUACAAGUCAGACCUGUGUAACAGUGUUUUAUACAGCUCAGUUACCUGUGUAACAGUGUGUUAUACAGAUAGUACCUGUGUAACAGGGUAUAACAGCUCAGUACCUUGUGAACAGUGGUAUACAGCUCAGUACCUGUUGUAACAGUUGUAUAAGCUCACGUACCUGUGUAAACAGUGUGUAUACAGCUCAGUACCUGUGUUGUACAGUGUGUAUAAAGCUCAGUACCUGUUGUAAACAGUGAUGUUACAGCUCAGUACCUGGUAACAGGGUGUAUAAGCCUCAGUACCUGUGUAACAGGUGUGUAUAAGCUCAGACCUGUGUAACAGUGUGGAUACAGUCGAGUACCUGGUCACAGUGUGUAUACAGAUCAGUCCCUUGUAACAGUGUGUAUCAGCUCUACGUACCUGUUGUAACCAGUGUGUAUACAGCUCAGUCCUGUUGUAACGUGUGUAUAAGCUCAGUACCUGUGUAAACAGUGUGUAUACAGACCUAGUACUGUGUAACAGUGUGGAUACAGCCUCAGUACUGUGUAACAGUGUGGAUUACAGCUCAGUACCUGUGUAAACAGUGUGGAUACAGCUCAGUAAAACCCUUGGUAACAGUGUGUAUACAGAUCAGUAACCUGGGUAACAAGUGUGUAUACAGCUCAGUACAGUUUUGAACAGGUGUAGAAAGUAGUACUGUGUACAGUGUGUUAUUACCGCUCAGUACCUGUGGAACAGUGUGUAACAGCAUCAGUUACCUGUGUAACAGUGUGUAUACAGACUCAAUACCUGUUGUAACAGUGUGUAUACAGCUCAGUAUUUGAACAGUGUGUAUAAGCUCAGGUGACCUGGUAACUAGUGUGGAUACAGCUCAGUACCUGGUACAGUGUGUAUACAGCUCAAGUACUGUGUAACAGUGUGUAUUACAGCUCAGUACCUGGUUGUGUAACGUGUGUAUUAAAGCUCAGACCUGUGUAACCGUUGUAUACAGCUCAGUACUGUGUAACAGUGGGUAGACAAGUCAGUACCUGUGUAAAAGUGUGUAUAAGCUCAGUACUGUGUAACCCAGGUGUAUACAGCUCGUACCUGUGUAACAGUGUGUAACAGCUCGGACCUGUGUAACAGUGUGUAUACAGCUCAAGUACCUGUUUGUAACAGUUGUAUACCGCUCAGUUAACCUGUUUUGUAACACCGUGGUAUACAGAUCAGUACUUGUGUAACGUGUGUGUAUACAGCUCCAGUACCUGUUAACAGUGUUGUAUACAGCUCAGUACCUGUGUACAGUGGUAUACAGCAUCGAGUACCUGUUGUAACAGUGUGUAUAUACAGCUCCGAUACCUGUGUUACAGUGUGUAUAAAGCCCAGUACUGUGUAACAGUGUGGAACAGCUCAGUACUGUGUAAACAGUGUGUUAACAGCUCUUAGUACCUGUGAACAGUGUGUAUACAGCUCAUACUGGGUUGUACAGUGUGUAUUACAGAUCAGUUACUGUUGGAACAUGUGUAUACAGCUCAGUACCUGUGUCACAGUGUGUAUAACAGCUCAGUACCUGUGUAAGUGUGGUAUACAGUCUAAGUACCUGUGUAACAGUGUGUAUAAGCUCGUACCUGUUGUAACAGUGGUAUACAGCCCAAGUACCGGUGUAACAGUGUGGGAUACAGCUCAAGUACUGUUGUAACAGUGUGUAUACAGCCCCAGUACCUGUGUAACAGUCUCUGUUGGUAUACGCCCAAGUACCUGUUGUAACAGUGUGGGAUACAGCUCAGCAGUACCUGUGUAACAGUGUGUAUAAGCCCAGUACCUGUGUAACAGGUUGUGUAUACAGCGCAGACCUGUUUUGUAACAGUGUGAUACAGCAGAAGUACCUGUGUAACAGUUGUGUAUAAAGCCCCAAAGGACCUGUUUGGUUGUAUGUAACAGUCUGUGGAUACACUCAGCUAAUCCUGUGUAAACAGUGUGCUAUACAGCUCGUACCUGUGUAACAGUAUGUGAUAUUACAGCUCAGUACAUGUGUAACAGUGUGGAACAGCUCUAGUACCUGUGUAACAGUGUGUACAGCUCAGUACCUGUUGUAACAGGGUGGUAUAAGCCUUCAGUACUGUUGUAACAGUGUGUAUACAGCUCAGUACCUGUGUAACAGUGUGUAUACAGCUCAGUACCUGUGUAACAGUGUGUAUACAGCUCAGUACCUGUGUAACAGUGUGUAUACAGCUCAGUACCUGUGUAACAGUGUGUAUACAGCUCAGUACCUGUGUAACAGUGGGUGUAUACAGCUCAGUACCUGUGUAACAGUGUGUAUACAGCUCAGUACCUGUGUAACAGUGUGUUGAUACAGCUCAGUACCUGUGUAACAGUGUGUAUACAGCUCAGUACCUGUGUAACAGUGUGUAUACAGCUCAGUACCUGUGUAACAGUGUGUAUACAGCUCCAGUACCUGUGUAACAGUGUGGAUACAGCUCAGUACCUGUGUAACAGUGUGUAUACAGCUCAGUACCUGUGUAACAGUGUGUAUACAGCUCAGUACCUGUGUAACAGUGUGUAUACAGCUCAGUACCUGUGUAACAGUGUGUAUACAGCACCCCUCAGUACUGUGAACAGGUGUUACAGCACAGUACCUGUUUGUAAUAGUGUUAUACAGCUCUAGUACCUGUGUGAAACAGUGUGUAUUACAGACUCAGUACCUGUGUAACAGUGUGUCUGUAUACAGAGCUCAGAUACCUACAGUGUAACAGUUGUGUAGACAGACUCCAAGUAACUGUGUAACAGUGUUGUAUACAGCUCAUGUCUGGUGUAACAGGUUUGUGUAUAAAGCUCAGUACAUGUGUUACAGUGUGAUAAGCUCAGCUACCUGUGUACAGGUGUAUACAGCCUCAGUACCUGUGUAACAGUGUGUAACAGCUCCAGCUACCUGUGUAUGUAACAGUGUUGUAAUUAACCAAGCUCAGUACCUGGUAACAGUUGGUAUACAGCAUCAGUACACUGGGUAACAGUGUGGAUACAGCUCAGUACCUUGUUGUAACAGAGUGUUGUAUCAGCUUUUUUCCCCCCCAGUACCUGUUGUAACAGUGUGUAUACAGCUUCAGUACCUGGGUAAACAGUUUGUAUACAGCUCAGUACCUGUGUAACAGUGUGCUAAGCUCAGUACCUUGUAACAGUGUGUCAUACAGCUCAGUACCGUGUAACAGUUGUGCAUAAAGCUCAGUACCUGUGGAACAGUGUGUAUACAGUCAGUACCUGGGUAACAGUGUGUAUACAGCCCUUAGUACCGGUGUAAACAGUGUGUAGACAGCUCAAGUAACUGUGUCACAGUGUGUAUACAGCUCAGUACCUGUGCUAACAGUACUAUGUGUAUACAGCUCAGUACCUGGUAACAGUGUGUAUACCGAUCAUACCUGUGUAACAGGGUGUAUACAGCUCAGUACCUGUUGUACAGUGUGUAUACAAGCUCAGUACUGUGUUUAACAGGUGUAUCACGUCGUACUGUGUAACAGUGUGUGUAUACAGAUCUAAGUACUGUGUAUGUAACCGUUGGUGUAUAGCAAGCUCCGUACUGUGUAACAGUGUGUAUACAGCUCAGUACCUGUGUAACAGUGGGUAUACAGCAUCAGUAACUGUGUAACAGUGUUAUACAAGCUCGUACCUGUGUGUAAACAGGGUUAUACAGCCUCAGUACCUGUGUAACAGUGUGUAUACAGCUAAUUACCUGUGUGAAACGUGUGUGUAACAGCUCAGUACAUGUGUAAACCGUGUGUAUCCAGACUCAGUACCUGUGUAACCAGGUGUAUACAGCUCAGUACCUGGGUAACAGUUGUGUAUACAGUCAGUAUCUGGUUAACAGGUGUGUGAAUACAGCCUCAGUACCUGUGUAACAUGGUAUACAGACCUCAGUACUGGUAACAGUGUGUACAGGACUCAGUACCUGGUAACAGUGGGUAUACAGCUCAGUACCGUGUAACAGUGUGUAUACAGCUCAUACCUGUGGACACAGUUUGUGGAUACCAGCUCAGUACCUGUGCAAACAGUGUGUGGAUACAGCUCGUACUGUGUACAGUGUGUAUACCGCUCAGCUACCUGUUGUAAUGUUGUAACACGUGUGUAUUACAAGCUCAGACCUGUUUGUUGUAACAGGUGUUGUACACAGACUCGUACCUGUUUUUGUAAACAGGGUGUUACAGCCUCAGUACCGUGUAACAGUGUGGUAUACAGCCCUCAGUAGUACCUGUGUAACAGUGGGAUACAAGUCCUCAGUACCUGUGUAACAGUGGUUAUACAGCUCAGUAAAUGUGUAACCUGUGUAUAAAGCUCAGUAACUUGUGAACAGUGUGUGUAUAAAGCUCAGUACCUGUAAACAGUGUGUAUACAGCUCAGUACCUGUGUAACAGGGUGUAACAGAUCAGGAGACCUGUGUAACAGGUUGUGUAUAAAGCUCAGGACCUGUUGUUGUACAGUGUGUUAUACGAUCAGUCCUGUUUGUAACAGUGCUGAUACAGCUCAGUACCUGGUGUAACAGUGUGUAUCAGAACUCAGUACAUGGGUAACAGUGUGUUAUACAGCUCAGACCUGUGUAAACAGGGUGUAUACAGCGCCGUACCGUGCAACAGGUGUGGAUAAAGCUCGAGUACGUUGUAAAGUGUGUAUACAGCUCCAUACCUGGUACCAUGUGUAUACAGCUCAGUACCUGUUGUAAACAGUGUGUAGUACAGUCAAGUACCUGGUAAACAGUUGUGUAUACAGCCCAGACCUGUGUAACAGUGUGUAUUCCAGUCAGUACCUGGUAACAGUGUGAGAUACCCUCAGUACCUGUGUAACAGUGUGUAUACAGUCUCAGUAACCUGUGUAACAGGUGUGUAUACGCUCCAAGGUUUUUUUUUUUUUUUUUUUUUUUUCUUUUUUUUUUUUUUUUUUUUUUUUUUUUUUUUUUUUUUUUUUUUUUUUUACCUGUUGUAACAGUGUGUAUUACAGCUCAGUAACUGUGUAACAGUGUGGAUAAAGCCUUCAGUACCUGUGACUAACGUGUGUAUACAGUCGUACCUGUGUAACAGGUGUAUAAGCUCUAGUACCUGUGAACAGUGGUAUAAGUCAGUCCUGUGGUAACAGUGUUGUAUAUGGAACAGCUCCCAGAGGGAGAGAGCAGGGUUUCUGUUAACGAUGCAGUCCUUACAGUGCCUUCAGAAAGUAUUCCAGAGUUAACCAACCUUUUAAUCUCCUCCUCCAUGUACACUGUCUUCAGAAAGUAUUCAUACCCCUUGACUUAUUCCACAUUUGUUACAGCCUGAAUUCAAAAUGGAUUCAAUGUAUUUUUUCUCUCACUCAUCUACACACAAUACCCAGUAAUGACAAAGUGAACACAUGCUUUUAGACAUUUUUGGAAAUGUAUUGAAAAUGAAAUACACAAAUAUCUCAUUUACAUAAGUAUUCACACCCCUGAGUCAAUACUUUGUACAGUAAAAUCACCUUUGGCAGCGAUUACAGAUGUGUCUUUCUGGGUAAGUCUCUCAGAGCUUUGCACACCUGGAUUGUACAAUAUUUGCACAUUAUUCUUUAAAAAAUUCUUCAAGUUCUGUCAAGUUGGUUGUUGAUCAUUGCUAGACAGCCAUUUUCAAGUCUUGCCAUAGAUUUUCAAGACGAUUUAAGUAAAAACUAACUCGGGCACUAAUGAACAUUCAAUGUCGUCUUAGUAAGCAACUCCAGUGUAGAUUUGGCCUUGUGUUUUAGGUUAUUGUCCUGCUGAAAGUUGAAUUCAUCUCCCAGUGUGUUGGAAAGCAGAUUGAAGCAGAGUUUCCUCUAUGCUUUUACCUGUGCUUAACUCUAUUUCGUUUAUUUUUAUCCCCAAAAAACAUACCCAUAACAUGAUGCAGCCACCACCAUGCUUGAAAAUAUUAAGAGUGGUACUCAGUAAUGUGUUGUGUUGGAUUUGCCCAAAACAUAACACUUUGUAUUCAGGACUUAAAGUUAAUUUAUUUUCCAAUUGUUUUGCAGUUUUACUUUAGUGCCUUAUUGCAAACAGGAUGCAUGUCUUGGAAUAUUUUUUAUUGUGUACAGGCGUCCUUCUUUUCACUCUGUAAUUUAGGUUAGUAUUGUGGAGUAACUACAAUGUUGUUGAUCCAUCCUCAGUUUUCUCCUAUCACAGCCUGUAACUGUUUUAAAGUCACCAUUGGCCUCAUGGUGAAAUCCCUGAGCGGUUUCCUUCCUCUCUGGCAACUGAGUUAAGAAGGACGCCUGUAUCUUUGUAGUGUAAUUAAUAACUUCACCGUGCUCAAAGGGAUAUUCAAUGUCUGUUUUGUUUUUCUACCCAUCUACCAAUAGGUGUCCUUCUUUGCAAGGCAUUGGAAAACCUCCCUGAUCUUUGUGGCUGAAUCUGUGUUUGAAAUUCACUGCUCGACUAGAUAAUUGUAUGUGUGGGGUACAGAGAUGAGGUAGUCAUUCAAAAUCAUGUUAAACACUAUUAUUGCACACAGAGUGAGUCCAUUCAAUUUAUUAUGUGAUUUCUUAAGCAAAUGUUUACUCCUGAACUUAUUAAGGCCAUAAUAAAGGGUUUGAAUACUUAAGACAUUUCAGCUUUUCAUUUUUUAUUCAUUUGUACAAAUUUCUAAAAACAUAAUUCCACUUUGACAUUAUGGGAUAUUGUCUGUAGGCCAGGGACCCAAAAUCUCAAUUUAAUCUAUUUUAAAUUCAGGCUGUAACAUAACAAAAUGUGGAAAAUGUAAAGGGGUGUGAACACUUUCUGAAGGCAAUGUAUUGAUCCUAAAGAAUAUUCACCAUAGUGCCCUCAAAGCUCAUCACUAAGCUAAGGAUCCUGGGACUAAACACCUCCCUCUGCAACUGGAUCCUGGACUUCCUGACGGGCCGCCCCCAGGUGGUAAGGGUAGGUAACAACACAUCUGCCACACUGAUCCUCAACACGGGGGCCCCUCAGGGCUGCGUGCUCAGUCCCCUCCUGUACUCUCUGUUCACCCAUGACUUCUACACCUGCAUUACUAGCUGUUUGGGGUUUUAGGCUGGGUUUCUGUACAGCACUUCGAGAUAUUAGCUGAUGUAAGAAGGGCUAUAUAAAAUAAAAUUGAUUGAUUGAUUGACUGCAUGGCCAGGCACGACUCCAACACCAUCAUUAAGUUUGCCGACGACACAACAGUGGUAGGCCUGAUCACCGACAACGAUGAGACAGCCUAUAGGGAGGAGGUCAGAGAUCUGGCCGUGUGGUGCCAGGACAACAACCUCUCCCUCAACGUGACCAAGACAAAGGAGAUGAUUGUGGACUACAGGAAAAAAAAGAGGACUGAGCACGCCCCCAUUCUCAUCGACGGGGCUGUAGUGGAACAGGUUGAGAGCUUCAAGUUCCUUGGUGUCCACAUCACCAACGAACUAUCAUGGUCCAAACACACCAAGACAGUCGUGAAGAGGGCACGACCAAAGCCUAUUCCCCCUCAGGAGACUAAAAGAUUUGGCAUGGGUCCUCAGAUCCUCAAAAAAUUAUACAGCUGCACCAUCGAGAGCAUCCUGACUGGUUGCAUCCACCGCCUGGUAUGGCAACUGCUUGGCCUCUGACCGCAAGGCACUACAGAGGGGUAGUGCGUACGGCCCAGUACAUCACAGGGGCAAAGCUCCCUGCCAUCCAGGACCUCUAUACCAGGCGGUGUCAGAGGAAGGCCCUCAAAAUUGUCAAAGACUCCAGUCACCCUAGUCAUAGACUGUUUCUCUCUGCUACCGCACGGCAAGCGGUACCGGAGUGCCAAGUCUAGGUCCAAAAGACUUCUCAACAGCUUCUACCCCCAAGCCAUAAGACUCCUGAACAGCUAAUCAUGGCUACCCGGACUAUUUGCACUGCCCCCCCACCCCAUACUUUUUACGCUGCUGCUACUCUGUUAAGUAUUUAUGCAUAGUCACUUUAACUCUACCCACAUGUACAUAUUACCUCAACUACCUCAACUAGCCGGUGCCCCCGCACAUUGACUAUGCAACGGUACCCCCCUGUAUAUAUAGCCUCCCUACUGUCACUUUAUUCUAUUGUAUAUAUAGCCUCCCUACUGUCACUUUAUUUUUACUUCUGCUCUUUUUUUCUCAACACUUUUUUGUUGUUGUUUUAUUCUUUCUUUUUUGUUUAAAAUAAAUGCACUGUUGGUUAAGGGCUGUAAGUAAGCAUUUCACUGUAAUGUCUGCACCUGUUGUAUUCGGCGCAUGUGACCAAUAAAAUUUGAUUUGAUUUGAUUUGAGUUAUUCAUUUGUGUUGCCUUUGUUUGUGUGAGAAGUAAUGUUAUGGUGCAGUGAAGUGUGUGAUGUUAUGGUGCAGUGAAGUGUGUGGUGUUAUGGUGCAGUGAAGUGUGUGGUGUUAUGGUGCAGGGAAGUGUGUGGUGUUAUGGUGCAGUGAAGUGUGUGGUGUUAUGGUGCAGUGAAGUGUGUGGUGUUAUGGUGCAGUGAAGUGUGUGGUGUUAUGGUGCAGUGAAGUGUGUGGUGUUAUGGUGCAGUGAAGUGUGUGGUGUUAUGGUGCAGUGAAGUGUGUGGUGUUAUGGUGCAGUGAAGUGUGUGGUUUGUAAUGGUUGCAGUGAAGUGUGUGGGUUAUGGUGCAGUGAAGUGUUGGUGUUAUGGUGCAGGGAAGUGUGUGGUGUUAUGGUGCAGGUGAAGUGUGUGGUUAUGGUGCAGUGAAGUGUGUGGUGUUAUGGUGCAGUGAAGGUGUGGUGUUAUGGUGCAGGGAAGUGUGUGGUGUUAUGGUGCAGUGAAGUGUGUGGUGUUAUGGUGCAGUGAAGUGUGUGGUGUUAUGGUGCAGGGAAGUGUGUGGUGUUAUGGUGCAGUGAAGUGUGUGGUGUUAUGGUGCAGGGAAGUGUGUGGUGUUAUGGUGCAGUGAAGUGUGUGGUGUUAUGGUGCAGUGAAGUGUGUGGUGUUAUGGUGCAGGGAAGUGUGUGGUGUAUAAUAUCUAGCUGCACUGAGCAGCUCCAGCCCUACUCUAGGAGUCAUGGAAACGCUGUCUGGAUGUUUCUAAGGAUAUCAUGUAUGAAGUCAUCAGAGUGGGACUAACCCUAUAUGUGUAUAUAUAUAAUAUUCACUGGAGUCCCUGUAAUGACUCUUUCUAAAGUGAAGCCAUACAGAAUGACUUGUUUGUUAACACAACCCAUCCAACUCUCAGACAAAUCUUCAAAUGGGUUUAUUGACAACAUACGUGAGGGAAUGAAUCAUCCCUAGUGCUUUACUAAUGGUAACAGUGAUUUGGUAUGGAAUACUGAAUAACCUGUAUGACAGUUGAAUCUAAACAGGAUUUGAUAUGGAAUACUGAAUAACCUGUAUAACAGUUGAAUCUAAACAGGAUUUGAUAUGGAAUACUGAAUAACCUGUAUGACAGUUGAAUCUAAACAGGAUUUGAUAUGGAAUACUGAAUAACCUGUAUGGUGGUCUCUUCCCUCUGACAUUUUCUUAAAGAAAAAAAAAAGUAAAUAUAUAAUUUUAUAAAUGUUAAUUUAGGAAAACUUUUAAAAACAAAAAGUAGAAAAAGAAAGCAGAUAUCUAGAUUGUCAAAUACAUGAAUGACCACUUAAAGUUUUGUGAUAUCUUUGGCAUAAUUGUUCAGUAAAAAAGUGCAUAGAAUUACUUUUUACAUGAUGAAUAUCUUUUAAAACACAUGUAUAUCUAUGAUACAAAUAAUUAUUCUGAACAACUGCAGGGUUGGAGGUGAUUGGAGUUCUGGUAUCUGUUUAAAUGUAUUCCUACUUUCUGAUUGGUUGUGGAAUGUACAUGACCAAGUCCUUGCUGUGUGAUUGGUUGGCCCAGUGGUAACUAUCUGGUGAUUGGCUGCGGGGCAUAGAGGAAGAUGGCGCUGAAUGUUGAUAGGAUGUCUCUGGACUCUGUGGUGGCCAGCUGUCCUGCGGUCUGGACCAGAGCUACGUGGUCCCCUUUCCUCAGAGACAGGAUCAGGCUGAACGAGACAGAGCCUCCACAGGGACAACUGUCCUGGGCCACUGUCCCUGCUCCAGACCCGGAGCUCAUCAGCCUAUGGACACUACGGUUGGAGACAGACAGAACAGCCUCCAGUCCCUCCCCCUGCCGAGACGUCAGAACUCCUGAGAUCAGGUAACGCCCUUCCAUCGGUAUCGUGAAGAUACCUGGAGAGAGGGAGGGAAAGAUUAUAUUAGUCUGUGUGUGUGUCUCUCUGUGUGUGUGUGUGUGUGUCUGUGUGUGUCUCAGUCUGUGUGUCUCUCUGUGUGGGUGUGUCUCUGUGUGUGUGUCUCUGUGUGUGUGUGUGUCUGUGUGUGUGUGUGUGUUUCUCUGUGUGUGUCUCUGUGUGUGUGUCUCUGUGUGUGUGUCUCUGUGUGUGUGUGUGGACGUGUUUAACGAUUCUUGUAGAAGUCCCCACAAGAAUAGUAAACAAACAGAAAUGUGUCCAACUGGGGACAUUUUGUUAGUCCCCACAAGGUCAAAUGCUAUUUCUAGAGGGUUUAGGGUUAAGGUUAGAAUUAGUGUUAGGGUUAGAAUUACAUUAAGGGUUAGCGUUAGGAGCUAUCAAUCAAUCAAUCAAUUUUAUUUUAUAUAGCCCUUCUUACAUCAGCUAAUAUCUCGAAGUGCUGUACAGAAACCCAGCCUAAAACCCCAAACAGCUAGUAAUGCAGGUGUAGAAGCACGGUGGCUAGGAAAAACUCCCUAGAAAGGCGAAAACCUAGGAAGAAACCUAGAGAGGAACCAGGCUAUGAGGGGUGGCCAGUCCUCUUCUGGCUGUGCCGGGUGAAGAUUAUAACAGAACCAUGCCAAGAUGUUCAAAAAUGUUCAUAAGUGACAAGCAUGGUCAAAUAAUAAUCAGGAAUAAAUCUCAGUUGGCUUUUCAUAGCCGAUCAUUAAGAGUUGAAAACAGCAGGUCUGGGACAGGUAGGGGUUCCAUAACCGCAGGCAGAACAGUUGAAACUGGAAUAGCAGCAAGGCCAGGCGGACUGGGGACAGCAAGGAGUCACCACGGCCGGUAGUCCCGACGUAUGGUCCUAGGGCUCAGGUCUCUCAGUUGGCUUUUCAUAGCCGAUCAUUAAGAGUUGAAAACAGCAGGUCUGGGACAGGUAGGGGUUUCGUAACCGCAGGCAGAACAGUUGAAACUGGAAUAGCAGCAAGGCCAGGCGGACUGGGGACAGCAAGGUGUCAUCAUGCCCGGUAGUCCUGACGUAUGGUCCUAGGGCUCAGGUUCUCAGAGAGAAAGAGAGAACGAGAGAAUUAGAGAGAGCAUACUUAAAUUCACACAGGACACUGGAUAAGACAGGAGAAGUACUCCAGGUAUAACCAACUAACCCCAGCCCCCCGACACAUAAACUACUGCAGCAUAAAUACUGGAGGCUGAGACAGGAGCGGUCCGGAGACACUGUGGCCCCAUCCGAAGAAACCCCCGGACAGGGCCAAACAGGAAGGAUAUAACCCCACCCACUCUGCCAAAGCACAGCCCCCGCACCACUAGAGGGAUAUCCUCAACCACCAACUUACAAUCCUGAGACAAGGCCGAGUAUAGCCCACAGAGGUCUCCACCACAGCACAAACCAAGGGGGGGGGGGGGGCGCUAACCCAGACAGGAAGAUCACGUCAGUAACUCAACCCACUCAAGUGACGCACCCCUCCCAGGGACGGCAUGAAAGAGCACCCGGCAAGGCCAGUUGACUCAGCCCCUGCAACGGGGUGUUAGAGGGCCAGAGAACCCCAGUGGAGAGGGGACACCGGCCUGGGAAGAGACAGCAAGCGGCUGUUCGUUGCUCCAAGAGCCUUUCCGUUCCACUUCACACUCCUGGGCCAGACUACACUCAAUCCUAAUACCUACUGAAGAGGAUACGUCUUCAGUAAUAAGACUUAAAGGUUGAGACCGAGUCUGCGUCUCUCACAUGGGUAGGCAGACUGUUCCAUAAAAUGGCGAUCUAUAGGGAGAAAGCCCUGCCUCCCGCUGUUUGCUUAGAAUUCUAGGGACAAUUAGGAGGGCCUGCGUCUUGUGACCGUAGCGUACGUAUUGGUAUGUACGGCAGGACCAACUCGGAAAGAUAGGUAGGGCAAGCCCAUGAACGCUUUAUAGGUUAACAGUAAAACCUUGAAAUCAGCCCUUGCCUUAACAGGAAGCCAGUGUAGGGAAGCUAGCACUGGAGUAAUAUGAUCAAAUUUCUUGGUUCUUAACCCUAAACCUAGGGUUAGGUUAGGGUUAAGUUUUGGGUUAGGGUUAGGGUUAAGUUUUUGGGUUAAGGUUAGGGUUAGGGUUAGGGUUAGGGUUUAGGGAAAAUAGAAUUUUGAAUGGGACUGAAUUGUGUGUCCCCACAAGGUUAGCUGUACAAUACUGUGUGUGUGUGUGUGUCUCUGUGUGUGUCUCUCUCUGUGUGUGUGUGUGUGUGUCUCUGUGUGUGUGUGUAUCUCUGUGUGUGUGUGUGUGUGUGUGUGUGUGUGUGUGUGUGUGUGUGUGUGUGUGUGUGUGUGUGUGUGUGUGUGUGGUCUAUGUUACCUGUGUGAGGGUUGUAGUGCCCUCCAUCGUUGACCAGCACCUUGUUGAAGCGGAUGGUUCCAAACUCUCCAGAGAACUGA